CUUGAGCCGCAAGUCGCCUGGUCCCGCCUCCUCGCGGUCCAGCCACGCUCCUCCCACUUUGUUUUUAAAGUCUUCCUCCGCGACCGGCGCGUCACUACUGGCGAGGUCACGUGACAGUAGCGGUCGGAGACGGUUAUAUGAUUACUUAUUAGCCCAGGGGGAGCCCCCCGUAUCAACAGCAACCACAACCGCAGGAGCAGGAGGCGGCUGGAGCAAGUCAUCGGGAUACUGGGGCUGGGGGGGGAACCGACAGUGAAGCCCGGCCCCCCAGCCACUCAUAUAAACACCGACCGUGAGCGGCCCCCGCUGACACACAGGGCCCCGGGGAGGGAGGCUCAUCUCCCCCGCUAACCGUCCUGCCGGCUGGCCUCAGCCCUGUGCUUGCAGCGGAGAGGGACACCCCGGGUGGGAGCUGCAGCCAUGUCAUCUCCCAGCCCGGGCAAGAGGCGGAUGGACACUGAUGUGGUCAAACUGUAUCCUUCAAUGGGGGCUAAUGAGUGUGGGGGGGCAUUAGCCCGGGUGUAAGGGCUGAGAGCCCCGUGACGCAGGCAGAUAGUGGGUAAUAUGGUGCCUGGCAGGUAAUACUGGCAGGGGGUGGGAGAGGGGAAGGUGGAGAAAAGUGUCAUCCAAAACAUUGAUUGUGCCAUCAGAUAUACUAUCACCACCAUAAUUAAUUAAUAUAUAUAUAUGGUAUUUAAAUACCACCUGUGGGGGUACAUAGUGUUACUGCAUGGCCAGAUCUGUGUCUGCUGUCUACUGCUGCCCUAUAUAGUCACAUUGGGGCUUAGUCCUAUUUUAGUAUAUAUGGGGGUUCUGCACAUCAUGUCUGUGAUCUGCAUUAGUAUUGUUAUUUAACACAUCUAAUACUACCUGUGUUUAAUGUUUCUAUUUGUUUUGUGUGUCUAGUUAUCUAGGUAAUGGUAGUUCACAGUUUUCGCGAAUUUGCAAGUUGACUUCUUUGUCUCUUUGUAGCUUUGUAAAUAUCUUUCUCUAUGGGAGAGUCUAAUGGCUUUCAGCUUUAAUACGUAUUAUUUUGGGGUGCUGGCAGUCCAGUAAUAGGAGCUCCUGUCUGUCAGGGCUUGUAGGCCUCACUGAGGGGGAAGGGUUAGUUUUGUUUAGACAAGGAAUGGGCCCUUAAAUGUUUCAGCUGCACAGCUAUUGUGCUUUAAUAAACUGUAAACAUUCUCUAUAUACCUUGUCUUACCAGGCAUGGUACCCCUCUUAUGGUUUUGAUGUGUGUAAAUUCCAAUGCUAACCUGAUUAUGCAGAUCCCUAUACAUGUUUGUUACAGGCUUGUCUUUAGUAUACAGCCAUUGUUCCUUCUAGGAAGACUUACCAGCCAAUCUCUUUGGGUGGAUAAUUUAAGUGUGGUUUAGUAUACUACUGAAAAUGUCAGCUGCCAUAAUAUAUAUAUAUUUUUACACCUGUAUGGUGACAUGAUUCUGACGCAGACUGUCCCUACUGCCUCCACCCCAAUCUGAAUGGUUUUCCUUCUUAGGUUUGUUGGAAGGCAGCAGACAAAAGGCUUUAAGUCUGUGGGUGUCAUGCCAAUCUAUUUGUGCUGAAGGAAAGGCAAGCUACAGUUGAAAACCUCAAAUUAUCACAAAUCCACACUGUAUUGUCACCAAUAAUAGAAUGUGCAGUGUGAUGCAGAGCUUAUGAUUUGCCUGUUCUUACAUUUUACAGUUAUGAGUUUAACCAAGGCAGUAUAUUGUCAUAUUAGAACAUUAAACAAGAGAGGAUAUUAAAAUGUCUGUUUCUUUGUUCAUUUUUUUCACCUUCAUUCAAUGUGCUAUUUGAAAAUGACAUUGCAUUAUGUCAACACCUACAAUCCUACUGGGUUUGUCAGGUCUGCAUUGCAGGCCUUUUUAGCACUGAAAAAAAGUUUUUGUUCAAACAUAUCUGAAGGUAAUUCAGAUUCCAUUAAAUGUCUGUCCUGUUUAAAGCUCAUUUUUCUUCAUUAAGUACAAAGGGCUAAACAUCUUGAGCUACCUGAAUUAAAACUGUCAUGCAAUCACUUGUAUACAUGAAAGGGUUAAUGAAAGUAGACUUUUAUACCCUCUCAGAGGGGUCUGCCUGGCUCCAGUGGGGUGAUGGGAUUUGUGUGAAGAGGGUCUUCGUGGCAUAACAGAAGUUACUGUAGUUGUUUUUCUUCCCCCACCUCUAGUCCGCCCUUAUAUUUUGCUCUAAAAGCUACCCCCCCUCCGACUUAAUUCCUAGGUGUAUUUGUAGGGCAGGACAGAAGAUGUUUGUGUUAGGAUUGACAAGUUAAGUGACUGUGUGCUGAAAGGGGUGGUGUUGGUUCUUCAGGGUUUUGGAGUAAAAGGCCCAACAUGCUUGAAGGAAUGUUGGCUAACCCUGUUUUUGCUGCUUGUCCUGUCUGUAUUUGCCACAAAGCAAACCUUUUGUGUAUCAAAUGCUGUGUCAUAGGCAUUUGUGAUUGCAUUUAUUUUUUGCUUUUUAUAACCUAUAAAUGCUUUUAAAUCUCAGCUUUCAGUGUAUAGUUUAAAUAUAAAGUGCAUUCACCCCAAGUUGGUAACGCUCAAUCCUUCUCUCCGAGAAGGGUUAAUCAUUCAUUACAUUGUUACCUUUGUCUGAGCGACCAAGGCUGUUUAAUAUCGAGGUGGAAAUGUUUUGGGCUUGGUAAUGACAACCAGCCUGCAGAAAUUCUGACUCACUGAACACUUCACCCCCUCCCAAACCACCUCUUUUAAAGUGCAGAUUAACUCUUGAACCAUUUUAUUAUACGUGUAUCAAUUAAGCUGUUCUAAACUGCUUUACUAGGUAAAUAUAAAUCUAGUUUUCAUGCUUCCAGUAUCAGACAGUUUAAAAUAAUUUUAUCAUAUUGUAAUGCAAUUAACUUUAAUAUAGUUUUGAAGCUUGCCUAACAAUUGAAGAUAUAAACAAAAACAAUCGAAAAGAAAUCAAUGAAAAAAAUUAAGGAAUGGCCCAUAGUAAACACUUAAUGGUAACUUCCUUGUAAACUGUUGCUUAUUACUACAGCAGCACAGGAGUGCUGAGCUGCUUGUUUUGUCAGCUUGCCUGGCAGAUGAUUGGAUGCUCUGUUACUACCCGGAAGCAGGAGAGGGGUGGGCUGAAGGGAACAGCUGAUCAAAUGACAAAGGAACAUGUUUUAUAUACAGAGGCAGACUGGCCUGGCAGGAUGUUUUACGUCUGCUGUGUUUUGUUUGUUUUUAUUAUGAAUCCAAUCUAUUUUUAAAAAAUAAUUUUAAGUAGUAAAGCUUAACUAAAAUGGUUGCAAUGGGGAACCUCAUGCAUGAACCACUGGACAAAUCUGAUACCAUUGUUUUUGUGCUGCUAGCAAGUGAUGGAUUUAGAAGAUAUUAAUAUAUGCUUACGUCCUGUACACCUACAAUGCCUCUGCCACUAUGCAAAGUAUAUGGUAUUAGACUAAUAACACAAACCCCUUCCCUAUGACUGAAAUUAUAGAUGAAAUGUAAAACUUUUUUUUUUUUUUUUGAUGCCAGCAACAUUACAAGACACACACUCACUGACACAGACAAUGUCUUUAACAGUCACAUAGAACAAAAUGCAAUGCCAGAUUGCAGUUUUACACUUUUAAGAAUGAUUUCAAAGAAAGUGGGCCAUGGAUAGAGUGAAAAGAUUAAAGAAAAGCCAGAGGAAGGGGACCGCUGCCACUGAGGAGAAGCACCACAUAUACAUCAUAGGGUUUUAUUGGAAAAGUCUCCCCAUAAUUCCUGUACCUUUUGAAAUUCAUUAAAUAUCUGACAUGUGCUGUCAGCUUGUCAGAGAUAGUUCUUUUAUUUUGGAUAUUGCACAUUCCACUGCAGGAGACCCAUCUUUAAACCAACGCUGGGCAAUGGGUCUCUGGGCUGCCAGCAUUAUCCUACUCAUUAACUUUCUCUCAUGGGAGGCGAAACCCUCCAGCAGUUUAGAAAACACACUCCAAGGGGAUUGGUCUAUUACAAACUAAAGAAGCUAGUUGGCGAGAAAUAGGGCUUUGAAAGGCUACAGGAGAGGUGGUGGGUGCUUUUCUAAUAUCUUCUCGUGAGGCAUAAUCCCAAAUUGAAUAUAUCUGAAGUAGGUCCUGGAUUUAGUAUUCCUCUAGUUUGUAACUGGAAAUGUGGUGAGGUUUCCAUUAGAAUAUAAAUGGCCUUCUGAGCUGUAUGCUCACCAGUGUCUCUCUACAAUUCACCUGGGCUGCAUACCUCCAGCGAUCCUCACUCUGUCGCUUGUGUCAUCGCCCUCAACACUGACUCAGUACUUGGAAGUAGGUUUUUGUAGUCCCAGAGCGCUGGUAUAACUACACGUACCAAUCUAUGCCUAAUUAUGGGUCUCGGAUCUCUGCAAUAGAGCAGUCUCCCAGGGACAGGAGUCGGAUAACCUUACAUAAUAAUGGUCUGAGCUGGAGGAGACUCCGUGUUACCAUGAAAUGCUUUCUAAGCUGCGUUACCUGCUGCUCUUGUGGUUUUACUUUUUUUCUUCUACUAUAGCUAAGCUGUUAGUUGAGCAUUAUAUAAUUCUGUAACAAUCUUGACAUGUAUCACAGGCCUUGACUUAUUUACUUUAAAUCUAGGAGCCAGCUAAGAAAGUUAGGAACCAGUUUUUUUUCUUUUUUUUUUUUAAACUAACAAAGCUUUAUUUUCCUAAAGGACACUAUAGUCAUCAGCUUAAUCUAGUGGUUCUGGGGUCUAUAGCCUGUGCUUGCAGAUUUUCAAAUGCAAACACUGCCUUUUCAUAGAAAAGUAACCUAUUUAGUGAGUUAUUCAGAUGGCCACUAGUGGUGCUUCCUAGUUGUGUGCAGCACCUACCUUCAGUCUCGCCACGUUCUGCACUGAUUGUUUCCCAUGGAAAUGCAUUAAUUUAAUGCAUCCUUCUGAACAGACGUGGAUUGGCACAGAGUGGCAUUCUUCCAUGCUUGCACAAUAACCUCAUGCUUUACUAUGGGAAAGCAUUGCAUUUGCUGAGCUCAUCAUGAAGGAUGAUAUCCGCCAUAGAGUUGGGGAAAAGGGUGAGUAAAAACACCCUUUUCAUGUGAUUGGAGGAUGGCCGGUAACUUAAACAGACUUACGUGCACACUCUUACUGGCGCACGCUCGCAUGCACAGAUUAGACAGACCCACUGUGGGCAAUUUGGUCUCCUUAUUUUGCCAUAGGAAGCAGCAGCUUUGAAAGUUCAUUAGAUAACUUUUGCUAACUGGGAAGGGUUGAAACAAAAACAAGAUCAUGGGGAGAAUGUUUACUAAAUCUAUUUGACCUAUCCAAGAUAUGCGGUAUAAGCAAAUAAUUAAAUGAAACUGUUAUAAUGCCUGCUGUCUCAUUUGAAGCUGUAGUGGUUCUUGUGCAUAGAGUCCCUUUAACUUGUAAGAAUAGCUUAAUUCACUUCUUUUUAGGAGUUUUCUUUCACUAAUGUAUGUCUUGUGCUGUUUAAUAUUCCAUAAGCCCUUGUGGUAGGUUAAUUUAUGCACAUUAUACAGUGUAAAAACUCUGAAGUGAUCUAGGAAAUAUGUCAAACUUUGAAUUCCUCCAUUAAAAACAGAAAUUGCUUUUCGAAGGAAGGACUGAUGAAGUGUGAUCUUCUUGGUAUGUGUCGUUUAAUGUCAAAGAAUUCUUCAUUUUGUUGUCAUCUCUGAAAGCACACUUAGUGAUAGUGUCUCCGCGACCAACAAAAUGCAUGUAGUGUAACUUCACCUACACUUCAUCUCGUUUAAUUUCUUUAGGACCAGCUUUACUUUGCAUUCAUCACAAUCUUACCUUUAAAAACCUUUUACCAUUCAAUUUAGCAUUGGCAGCUUCAUUGAGUAGGCAUUACUCCAUUUUGGACUCUGAUUUGACAUUCUAAGCACCAUAACCACUAGUAUUUUGAAGUAGUCAUGGUGUUUGGUGUCUCAGUUUGAUAGUUUUGUAACUUGCUCUGGACAAGCUGCUGAUGCUGCCAAGGUCAAGAGCUGGCUAAUGUUAAUUCUGUGUGUGUCUAAGCUAUCUAAUGCUAAUUCAUGGGCUGGGAGUACUCGGUUUAUGCUCUUAGUCAAUAAAUGACUGAUGGGAAGCAAGAUGUGCAUCACCCAGCAUUAAAGCAGGGAAAGCAUUGUGAUUGGCUGAGUUCAUCAAUUCUGAUGUCCGCAAAGGAGGCUGAGCUGUCCCAAAAGCUUGUCAUUAAAAAAUUUAGUCCAAUAAAAAAGGUAUUACAAGAUAUGUUUUUUACAUCUGUAUGUAUAUCCUCCAUGCUACAAGUUUCCACCCUAGGAAACUGAAAGAAUCUCUGCCAGUUUCCCAAUCCUAUAUCUCUCUAUCUCUCAAUAGUAAAUGAUUCAAUAACAUUUGUUGAGUUAGGAGAAUAAGAAACAGUCACUUCCAGAGAACUGACUGCCCCACUGUAAGCCUUUCAGCUCCUGCAAAUGUUAUAUUAAAGGAACACUAUAGGGUCAGGAACACAAACAUGCCCCCCCUUUAAAACAAAUUAAAACUCACCUUAUUUCCUGCACCGCGCAGGUUUGCCAGCACUUGCCCUGCCCCUGAUCUGCCUCCUUGAUGACAUCAGACUUGUCGAUUUUUAGCUAAUCCAAUGCUUUCAUUUAGGGAAAGCAUUGGAUCGGCUAAAAUCGACAAGGAGGUGGGAUGGGGGCGGGGCCAAAUGCCAAUUUGGCCAAGCAGUACUUCUUCAUAGUGAUGCAUUGAAUCAAUGCAUCUCUGAGGAAAAUUCAGGGUUCCCAUGUAGAGCGUGGAGACGCUGAAUGGCAGUGUUGCAUACUGUGCAGCUCAGCCCCAAGACGCACCUCUAGUGGUCACUUGGAGGUGUCCCUAGGGUCAAUGUAAACACUGCCUUUUCUCUGGGAAUGAUUAUACUCACCAUAACAACUACAUUAAGCUAUAGUUGUCUUCUAUAUAUGUUUUGCUUCUUCCAUCCCCCCACCCACCUUUAAUUUAACUUUUAGAUGAAGUGGAGUUCCCUACUCCCAUUCUCCCCAAUAAGUAAUUCAAAAAUACGCUUCAUUAAAACCUUCCUUGUUAUAGGUCCUCUUUAAAUAUUACAGACCGUAUUUGAACCAUUGAACUCCAUAAUGCAUAUUGGGCACUUUGUUUUUUUUAAAAAAAUUUUUUGUUUUUUUUUACCGUCUCUGCAGAUGUCUGUCUUUAACAAAGACAUGGGAUAUCUCACACCUAUGAAUUUCACAAACCGCAUUGAUACACUGGCCAGUAUAGGGGAGCUAGUGUUGGGCUGAAUGGUAACACAACUUUUGAAUCUUACCUUUCCAUUGGUUAGUGACCGCUAAAAAUGUGAAACUACUUUAUCAGCAGAAGUUGUAUUUAUAGAUUUAAACCCUGAUUAUUGUUCCAUUAAAUGUAAAUACUGUAUUGUGAGAUCAAAGGCAGUAAUUAUACCUCUUUAUUUACCACUUUGUGGUAAAAGCUUGAUGAUCAUGGAGAUAAGUGUCUGUGGUUAAUUUUAGAUAUAAGUUGUAAUGAAUUUUAUCACACUGAUGGCCUGUCUACAACAAAUUGCGAGUUAUCUGAAGUUUGGGCAAUUUGUGAUUUAUUUGAAUUUCACAAGUCUGAAAUUCAGUAUGGAUGUAUCUUGAAAUGGGCAAUGGACAAGUCAUUGGAUUUUUAAAGGACCACUAUAGUGCCAGGAAAACAUAUUAGUUUUCCUGGCACUAUAGUGCCCUGAGGGUGCCUCCACCCUCAGGCACACCCUCCCGCCGGGCUGGAUGGCGAGGAAAGGGGUUAAACUUACCUUUAUUCCAGCACCGGGCGGGGAGCUCUCCUCCGCCUCCUCUCCUCCUCUUCGGCUGAAUGCGCAUGCGCGGCAGGAGCUGCGCGCGCAUUCAGCCAGUCUCAUAGGAAAGCAUUCAUAAUGCUUUCCUAUGGACGCUUGCGUCUUAUCAAUGUGAUUUUCACAGUGAGAAGCACGCAAACGCCUCUAGUGGCUGUCAAUGAGACAGCCACUAGAGGUUUUAGAGGCUGGAAUAACCCAUUUAUAAACAUAGCAGUUUCUCUGAAACUGCUAUGUUUAUAAAAAAAAAGGGUUAAUCCUAGAGGGACAUGGCACCCAGACCACUUCAUUAAGCUGAAGUGGUCUGGGUGCCUAGAGUGGUCCUUUAACUCUGAAUCACGAAACAAAAACAGUUUGCCUGUGUGCAGCACUAGCAGUCAGUAGGGAGUGGUGGGGGGGAGGAGGAGUGAGUGUCAAUAAAACCCCCAUAUAAGUGUAAGGUGUAAUUCCUUUAGGGUCAUAUCUACAAAACAUUGCAAAGCCAGCAGCUGCUUACUAUUAACUAAUAAAGCUGUAAAUUACCAGUCUGCUUUAGGUGGGGGGCUUAAUAUUAAAUAUUGGGUGAUGGACACAGGUCAAUGUCCUUCCCCCUCCCCCUCCCCCUCCUCCCCCCCACUAAUGACUUGACUUUAUUACCACCCACCCAAAACCCAUGGCUUGGGUGGAUGAACAAUAGACUUCUUAGCGCAAAUCUAUUAGUACAAAUAAAAAUCCUUUUUAAUCCACACCAGAACUAAUCAUUUUGUAAAGGAGAUGUGUUUGUUUAGAUGCAGAUUAAGAUUUGUUUAUGGAUGAAAGAAAUAUUUGCACAUGUCUAGUGGACAAUAUCUUGUCCAUCCCCCAGUGAUUAUUAAAUAGCCCUAACUCGCCAUAUUUUUUUUCUCUUAAUAGUCAAAACUGGCUGGCCACAGGUGUGGAGCAUAUUGUUGGCAGUGACCUGGCCACCUAUGUUUAAUUUUUUUUUUUUUUUGUAUUAAAUAUGUUUGUCAUUACAACAGCAAUGCGGGUAUCAAACAGUUUUCUGAUAAUACAAAUAAUUGCCUACGCAGAGGUUUGUAGAUCUGAACAGGUAUAUAAAUUCAGAUAUUCGCCUGCGCAGAGGCGUGUAUAACGGUUUGUGUACAUAAAAACAGAUAGUCGCCUACUUAAAGGCGUGCGUUUCAGAUCUAGAUUUAUCACGUUCAGUUACUGUAUAUCAGUGUAUGUUAGCAUAUCUUAAUAGCUAUAUGUCUUUAGGGAAGCAGUAGUAAAUUACAUUAACCUAAGGCCCAAUGAGGCAAUGUGGCCGUAAAACAGUCGUUUUACCACUGAGUGAUGACCCAUAAAUACAUCUAUUUUAGCAUGGACGAUGGUAUGCCACUCUCAACAUCUGAACGUCUAUUUCGUGUGUGCAUGCUGCAAUGGUUAAAGCCUCAUAUUCGUAUAAUACGUUAUGUAGAGGAGGCAUAAUCAUGACAUUAUAAACCGUAAAUACUAUGCUCCACAUCUGGGUAUCUAUUUCGUGUGUGCAUGCCGCCAAGACCAGAGCUAUUUACCUAUGUGUUACGUUAAGUAAAGAAAGCAUAAACAAGACACAUUUAUGUUGGGUAUAAAUGGUAGAAGUAACGUAAUGAUCAGACAUUAAAAAAUUUAGAAAGGGAUACAUUUGUUUGCCUUUCGUCGCCUACGCAGAGGCUGGUUGGUCAUUGCAUGUAUGGUACAGCAAAUAUAUGCAUAUUUAUUUGCUCAUAUUGUAUAGCUAAAUGGCUUGUAGUGUGCCUUUAUUGCGCUUGCACAGGCGUAUAUGGUUUUGGGUGUUUCUGCCUUGGGCAUAUUAAUUGUUUGUGCCUGCCGGUUGCGUCUAAACCCGGGGUGCCCUAGCAGCGUGUUUAUUGUAUCUUGCUUCUCUGCUAAUGGCAUUCGGUCUGUUAGCUUCCUAUUUGUGUCCCCUCUAUGGGGCUUUUAUCUGACGUUUAACCUUGUCCUGUUGUGCUCUGGUACAUGUGUCUGCUAACUACCCAUGUGUCUGCUAACUACCCGUGUGUCUGCUAACUACCCGUGUGUCUGCUAACUACCCGUGUGUCUGCUAACUACCCGUGUGUCUGCUAACUACCCGUGUGUCUGCUAACUACCCGUGUGUCUGAAUAUCCGUUGCCUUGUGUAGCUUGGUGAUUCAUGGUUGUGCGCGUCCAUUUCUGUUCUGUAGUUAUCGCUAUACUCGGUGUGACUAUUCAGUUUGGUGAGCUGGGGUGCGCCAGCAUAUAAUAUAGAGGACGUCGAUGGUUUGUGUGUUCUAAGUGUUGAGUGUCCCUCGGUCCUAUUGCGUUGUAGGCUGCUGGAUGUCUGGCUGUCAGUGCGUGUGUGCCGAUUUUGUUUAGAAUAUGUUUAUUGGUUUUACAGUAUAGAUUCUAAGGUAUACGUAUUUGUGUUUAAGCAGAUAGGUGUCUGUGCAGAGGCGUAGUCAGCCGUACAUGUGAGGGGGAUCAGGUUGUUGCCUUUAUAGAGGCAUUUGGGGAUUAUUUACUUGUUUUGUAGUCUUUAGUUGCGUGUGUUGUUGUGUACCUAUUGUCGCUCUUACUGUUCUAGCUUCGGUUUUGUUGUUGUCUUGUGUGUCAAGGGGUUGGGAGUGGUGUGGCGUUAGUUCUAGGAUGUGGUCCUGUGUGGUGUUAUUUGGCGUCCGUUAAUGUAGUAGCUAUAUAGUUAGUUGCCCCUAUUCGUGAUUGUAGCCCAGUAGGUGGCUAUGUGUGUGGCUCGCGAAUGUUGUAGUGUCUGUAGGCAGUAUGUUCGUCUCAGGUGUCAUCCGUUGUCAAUGUGGCGUGGUGCUGACUGGGUGCGGGUCAGGGUGGGGUGGAUCUGGGUGGUCCGCGGCACGCCUCCUGUCGCCUGCCUGGCUCGCCGCGUCUCGCUGUCUUCAGUUCGUUUUGUUGUAUUUCUCUCUCGUCCUCCCGUCUCUGCUUACGCCACGUUUAGGUGUUGUCUGAAGGAGUCUGACGUAGUUAGCCUCGUCCAGUGGAACCAGCGUUUGGUGUGACGGUCUCUGAGGUUCGGGGUCUCUGCUUUCAUGUCCUCGAAUGUCCUUGUGGCUUCCACCUCCUCUAUCCACUUUGUUAUGGAAGGCGUGCUGGUUUGUUUCCAAUAGAUGUUGAUGGUCACUUUUGCCGCGUUUAGGAGUCUGGGAAUAAUAGAUCUCUUGUAUAUUGGUGUCGCCAUAGUGAUAUAGUGUAGAAGGAAAGUUGCUGGGGACUGUGGGAGGAGCUCAUCUGUAACCUCAUGUAUUAUCGUCCGGAUUUUUUCCCAGAAUGGUCUAAUGCGGGCGCAUGUCCACCAUAUGUGUGUAUGUACCUGUCUCCUCCUCGCAUCUCCAGCAUGUAUCUGGGAUUUCCGGGUUCCUGGCGUGGAGUGCCGUCGGUGUCAGGUACCAUCUGGUGAAUAUCUUGUACGAGUUUUCUUGUGUGCGUGCCGAGCUCUGUGUUUUUUGUAUCAGGGUGAUGCUUUUGUCCCAGUCCGCUUCCGUCAUGGUUUCCUCGAGGUCUUCCUCCCACUUUCUGAUGCACGGUGGCGCUAGUAGGUAUCUAUUCGUUAUUAAGAUAGUAUAUAUUUGUGAGAUGGCUCGCGGUGGUUCCUUGUCUUGUGUGCAGAGAUUUUCGAAUUGGGUUGGUUGUCUUGUAAUGGACGGUUGUUGCGGGAUGGAUCUAGUGUAUUGGGUAAUUUGUGCUCUUGCUAGGGCGUGAGCGAAUGUGUGUAGUCUGCCUGGGUAGAUAUCUACCAGUGGUCGGAUGUUGAACGGGCGGAGGAGGACAUCUUUUAUGCGGGGUAUUGUUGUAUGUCCCGCUGGGCCUGGUGUGGGGCUGUAGUCCCCUGCAGGGAAGUCUGGGUUUCCCUUAGGGGCAGGAGCGGGCCUGGGUCUGUUGUCGGAUAAUGUUUUGUGCCUUGUCCGUGCCAAACUUGCAUGGUCGCCGCCAUGAAUGGGUUGGUGAUAUGUUUGCUCCUGUACGCUGCCCUGGUGAUCCAUGGUAGGGUUCUGAGGUCACAGCUGGUCGUGUCUGCUUCUAAUUGUGUCCAUGGUUUGGUGCCACUGGCUACCGACCAACUGACGACUCUGGCGAUGUGCCGCGUGGUAGUAUUUUUCAAUGUCGAGGAGCGCUAGGGCCCCCCUGAGCUUGGGCAGGAUCAGUUGGGUGUGCGCUAUGCGCGGAGAUUUGCCCUUCCAGAUGAAAGUGCGGACCUCAGUCUUGAGUGUCGCGAAGAACGUUUGUGGGGCUCUUAUCGGUACUGUUUGAAAUAUGAAGAGUAGCUUCGGUAGCAGCAUCAUUUUUACCGCGUUUACCCUGCCCAGCCAGGAUAUGUAGUAGGAGCCCCAUCUAUGUAAUUCCUCCUUUGCAUUUUUUAAUAUUGGUAUGUAGUUAUGGGUGUAGAAAUCCCCCGGGUCAGGUGUGAGCCAGAUCCCCAAAUAUUUAAUGCGGUCAUCACACCAGCGAUAUGGUUGUUGACUCUGAAUCCUUAGCUUGAGUGUGUUGCUAAUAUUUAAGUUCAGUAUCUCCGAUUUUGUGUAGUUGAUUCGGAGGUUCGAGAUGCGGCCAUAUGUUGAAUUCUGUCUGUAUCGCUUGCAGCGAUUUUUUAUUUUUUUUUAUUUUAAUUUUUUUAUUUUUUUUUCGGGUCCGUGACCACGAACAGCAUGUCAUCCGCAUAUGCCAGUUUUGUGGUGUGUGUUUCCGACUGUCAGUCCCCGGACGUCCUUGUUUUGUCUGAUCCUGCUUAGGAAGGGCUCCAGCGUCAGCGCAAAGAGUAUGGGCAAAAGCGGGCAGCCCUGUCUGGUUCCGUUGUGGAUCUUAAACGGGUCCGUUAGUGCACCAUUGAUCCGGAUUCGUGCCGUUGGGUCGGUGUAGAGCGGCUGUACCCAGGCCAUGUAGUGUGGGCCGAUGCCCAGGGAGCGGAGUGUUUCAAACAUCAGGUUCCAGUCCACCCUAUCAAACUCUUUCUCUGCGUCAGUGGACAGGAGUAGUACUGGGGCCUUCUGCCUCCUCCCGUGUGCUAUGAGGUUUAGGGCCCUUAUAGUGUUGUUCCUCACCUCCCUGCCCGGGAUGAAGCCCGUUUGAUCUGGGUGGAUUGUGGCUGGUAGUAAAGGUGCCAGGCAUGCCGCCAGUACGCUCGCUAGAAGUUUGAUGUCCGUGUUCAGUAAGGAUAUCGGUCGAUAACUUGGGCAUAGUGUACGGUCUUUGUCCUCCUUUGGGAGAAGGGUGAUGUUCGCCGAGGUGAAUUGGGCCGUUGGUGUGGCUCCAUCUUGGAUCGACUUCAGGGCUUUCAAUAGUUUCGGUAAUAGAUCUUUAGCGAAGGUUUUGUAAUAUUGCAAGGGCAUGCCAUCAGGUCCCGGUGCUCUUUCUUUUUUGAUGGCGUGCGCCAGUUCCUCUGGUGUUAUGGGGACCUCUAGUGCUUCUUGGUCCACCUCCUCUAUUCCCGAUACAUUUGCCGUGUCCAGGUAUCUGCGGAUGUCCUCCACUUUUUGAGAUCUGUUUCUGGAUUGGUUUGGCGGAGGCAAUACAAAUCCUGGUAGUAGUCAUGGAACGCUAUCGAGAUCUGAUCUGGUAGGUAUCUGAGUUGUUGGUGUGCAUCUUUGAUUUUCUGGAUAUAUAGUUGGUUACGGCGUUGCUUCAAGAGAUUUGCUAAUAGUCUCCCGUAUUUGUCCCUGUGUUCAUGGAUCAUAUGUUUGUAGUGUUGGUAUGAGCGUUGGAUUGCGCGGUUCAGGUGUGUGGAGAGUUGGGUCAGUUUGGUUGUGAGUUCUUCAUAUACCGUCGUGUCUAAGGUGCGUUUGUGUCUAGCCUCCAAUACCUCGAUUUAUUUGCUGAGUUUUAGUAUCGUCUGCACCGCCCUCUUUUUGCGGGUCGCGCAUAUUGCGAUGAGUCUGCCUCGGAUGACCAUUUUGUGCGCUUCCCAGCUUGUCAGUGGGUCACAUCGUCUGUCUUGUUGUCUGUGAAGUAAUCCUGUAUGUGGUGACUGAUCUGGUCCACGACCGUGACGUCUGAGAGAAUCGAUUCGUUCAAUCGCCAUGACAUUUGUCUGGGUUUGUAUAGUGGUGACUUCAUCCGUAUGCGAAUUGGGCAGUGAUCUGACCAAGUCAUUGGUAGGAUUUCCGCAGUAUUGAGCAGGGCUAGGUUUCGAUGAGGUACUAAGUAAUAGUAGAGUCUAAAAUGUGUAGUCCCGGGUAGAUGGGUUUAGUGCCCGCCAGCAGUCUGCCAGCUGGUUGAGGUGUAAGAGGCGGAGUGUGUUGGUGUGUCUGAGCGGUGUAUUUCCGCGUGCAUAGGUGGAGUCCUGGUCCGGGUGUAUCGCCAGGUUGAGGUCUCCUCCUAUGAUCAAGGUACCUUCCGUGAAUUUCAUCAACGUGUUUAGUGUACUUCGGAGGAAGUGGUGUUUCGUGUUCGGGGCGUACACGUUAGCGAACGUGUACGUUUGGUCCAAUAUCUUGCCUUUUGUGAAAAUGUAUCUGCCGUGCUUUCAUCGUACGGUGGCUUGCUCCUCGUAUGGGACUCUCUUUGAAAAGAGGAUGCCGACUUCCAGUGAACGUCUAUCCUGGUUAUGGCUGAAGUAUCCAGUCUGAAAGUUGCGGUCUUUCAGGGCUGGUGCCCUGCCCUCCCGGAAGUGCGUUUCCUGGAGAAACUCUAUUGAUGCUUUGUAGUGUUUCAAGUCACGCAGCAAUCUUGUGCGUUUCUCCCUGACAUUUAGGCCGUGUACAUUAUAGGAGACUAUGCAUAAGUCUUCUCUUGCGAAGCCCCUGGGUUCUUGUACCGGCAUUGUCACGGCGGCUCGGAGGGGCGGCGGAGGCGGGGCGGAUGGGUCCAGUGUGCGGGGUUUGGUGCGGUCUUUUUAGCGUCUAGGUUCCAGCUGAAGCUCAAUAGGUACUUGCUGUUUGUGUUUUUGAGGGUGCGGAGGGUAACGGGCAAGUGUCCCGGUUGUUCGACCUAUAGGUCCCACCCAGUGGUGUGCCUAUGUCGGUGCCGGGAGUGGUAUGUCCCCUACUGAGUGGGGACUUUAGUGUCCUAUGCCUGCGUUUGUGUCAGGCGAAAUAUCCUGGCCACGCGGCCUCCGUCAGUGCCGUGAGGGUGUGAAAUGUGAUACCUUGCUCGGUACGUAGUGUGUGGUCACAUGUCUCCUUGGUUCCUGUGCUGUUAGAGCAUCUGCUCCGUCUCUUCGAUAUUGUGCUUGUAUGGGUCAUCGUCCGCGUAUCGAAUAGGGUGCGGUUUGCCGCGGUGGUGUCUCUCGACUUGUGUGUCUUGUCCCGGGGGUGACCUCGCUUUGUGGGUUCCUAUCUAGCUGCGUGUAUGCUGGUGUGGCGGGGGUGAUCUCUACCAACAGGACCUGUAAGUGAUAUUGUUCUGGUGGAGUAUCUGGUUUGGUGGUGCUACCUUCCUGCCUGUGUCUUGCCGAUUAUAUGGGCGUGCUGUGGGUGGGGGUCGUGCGUGCCUGGGGGUUAAUCCCUGUAUAAUCUCACUCCCCAAGUCUCUAGUGCGGCUGGCUUUUCUACAUCCUAUUCAGUCUCUGGCUUCUGUGUGGUGUCUAUGCCGCCGGCUGUGCCGGAGGCUGCCUUGUGGCAGCGUGUAUGUGGUGUGGGUCUUGUGUAGUGGGUUGCGCUGUGCAGCAUUUGCGGUGGGUGGGGUCUCCCUGGGUCCGUGUCUUGAUGGGUUUCGGUUGAUCCUUCUUGGGGACUUUCUCUUGGAUCUCAUUGCCCUUGAUUCCCUUAGCGACUAUGCUUAGUGCGUACCCGUGGUUGGUGAAUGCUGUGGUUCGAUCAAAGACUGUGCCUGUGUAUUUUGCCUCAAGAUACCUGUUGUGGGUCCCCUCAUGUCAUCUCCUUGCUCCCUUUGCCCUCCCUCUAGUCUGGCAUCCCAGGCUCUCUUGUUCUUUCCCUCCCCCUCUGUUUCUUUGCCUGAAUUCCGUGCCCCCCACCUAUCCCUUCUUCCCUCCCCACCCCCCCAUAUAUUAUCAUAUAAAGAUGAGUAUCAUCUUUAUUUCUGCCUCCCCUCCCCCCCGAUGUUCUGGUUGUCUAGUAUAGAGUUCCCUCCUAUUCCCCCCCUCCUCCCCCUGCCUUCAGCUGUUGGGCCUGUGUGUCUAUUCUGUUCCCUCUCGUCCCCGGCUCUUCCAUGGUUCCAUUUUGUCCCUCCCUCCCCCUUGGUGGUCUUGGUGAUUCGGCCCAUGUGUGUCCUUGUUGGUGUCCCCCAAUAUUGUCUCGUAUCGGAACUCAGCCAAGUUCAUCAUCCCCCACCCCAGCAUUUGCCUGUAUGGCUGGUAUACUCUCAUAUGUCCCCCAAUAUAUUACUCAGUUUGACCCUUUCGUCCUGCUGCACGUUGGACCCCAGUCUUUCGGCCCCAUCUCUCUGUGUAGUGUUCAGUUAGUACUCCUGCUCCCGUCGUGCCGGACCUGGGUUCCAGUCUCUGCGGCGCUGUUGCUGGAGUCUUUGAGGACCCUGGUCUGGUCGGCGUGGUUGCUGCGGUCCAGGCGGUGGUUGGAGAAAUUAUCUCGCUAGUCCGGUACUUGGAGCGGUGGUAUGCCCAUGUCUCUUCACCACUAGUUAAUCUGGGCCGUGCCUAGCCGAGAGUGAGAAUGGGUAGCCCCAGCGGUACGGUAUUCCUGCCUGUUGCAGUGCGGAUGUUACCGGGCGUAGGCCCUUCUGGCUUGCAGGGUGUAUCUGGAUAGAUCUUGAUAAAUCGAUAUGGUUUGGCUCUCAAAGCGUAUGGUCCCCAUGCGGCAGGCCGUGCGCAGAAUGUCUUCUUUCAUUUGAUAGUUUUCUAGGCAGCAUAUGAUGUCUCUUGGUUGUUCUUCUGGUGCCGGCAUUGGUCGCAGUGCCCUGACUAGGCCUAGUCUGGGUAUUUGCUGGCCCCCCAGUACCUGGGUGAACAGUCGCUUUAAUAUGUCAGGUAUGUGUUCCGCUGGGUCACCUUCUCUCACCCCGCGGACGCGCAGGUUUAGUCUGCGGCCGCGGUUGUCCAGGUCGUCCACCCACGUGGUGAGGCUGGCUGUCUGCUUCUUGGGUGUGCUCCAGGUCCGUGCGGAGUGCCCUGGUCUCAGACUCUGCCACUGACAUACGGGCCUCCACAUUUGCCAGGUCUGGACGUAAUUGGGCCACCACCUCCCUCACUACACGACCUAAGCGGUCUGAAAGGGCCUCAAAGUCUGCCUUGAGGUCAGACGUUUCUUAUAGUUGGCCACCAAGUUUGCACACAUCUCAGGAGGGAUUUUGUUCAACUCCUCUUUGCAGAUCCUCUCCAAAUCAUUAAAGGGACUCUCCAGUGCCAGGAAAACAAUUUCAGCUCGUUACCUGUAUAAAAAACACCUGGCAGCCAGAAGUCUUGCUGAUUGAUAGAGGAUCAAAUACGUAUUUUACUCAUUGACAUGCAAAUCAAUUUUAUAACUUUUUUGACAUGCGUUUUUCUGUAUCUAAUUUUUUUGGUUCUGUCUCACUGUUAAAAUACACCUACCAUUAAAAUUAUAGACUGAUCAUUUCUUUGUCAGUGGGCAAACGUUCAAAAUCAGCAGGAGAUCAAAUACUUUUUUCCUUAAAUGUACAAAGCAGGAUCUUCCAAAUUAUUGGACUUAGUACCCACAGUAUUCAGUACAAUCUGUUUUUUGUUUUGAUUCAUUUCAUUAAGGUGUUGGGGAUAUUCCUUACUUUCAAUAUUUGCGGCUUAAUUUAUGGCUUAUAUUAAUUGAUUCCUUAUCCUACCUUUCGUACUUGCUGUACUUUCAAACAACCAAGAUUACCAAUGGAUGUUCAUUAAAGAGACACUGUAAGAGCAACCUUUUUUUAGCUUAAUGGAGUCAUUUUAUUCUGUAUAGAUCAUACAUUUGCACUCACUGCUCAAUUCUUUCCUUUUAUGUAUUAAAUCACUUUGUUUAUGUAGCCUCGGUCAUACCUCCCUGCAUGUGACUUAGUCUUCCUAAACACUUCCUUUAAAUGGAUAUCUAAUGUUUAAUCUUGCUUUCUUGCACAGUGUGUUUAAUUUAGAAUGGAUCGCCUCCUCUAUUAAUAGCCUUUUAGGACCUGCAGGAGCUUCCUGUGAGCCAGUAAUGGAUCACUGUGCCGUUGGGAACAAAUCCUUAUGCUAUAGUGCUCACCUACCUAUGUAGGUAUCCCUUCCCAUGGUCAGAUAAGGAUUUUACGUACCUUACUUCCCACAGGGCACGAGUCUCCAUAGGGAAACAUUGGCAGGCAAGUGCGUCUGUGGCAAAAUGCCGUGCUGCGUCAUUAAAAUGGUCUGAGACAAUCUAAUUGAAUAGCCAAGUUGAACUAAUAGAGUGGAAGUGACAGCCACUAGAGGCAUGUUAACCAUGCAAUGCAGGGCAUGGCACGGGACUCAGACAAAUUAAUCAAUGUCGUUCAGAUGUGCUUAGACUCUUCAGCUCAUAAUCACAAGGAGUGCCAUAGCAUGAGUGACAAAUUUGAAGCACAUGGUUUGCAGUUUUUCUGCCUUGUGUGAGAACCUUAUCUUUUAGAUUUAUCACAAUAAGUGAUAUAUAGUUAAAAUAUAUCUAAUGAAGGGGUGGGUGCACUUAUUAAACAUGAAGUAAACAUCAGCUGAUCAAACAUUGCAAUAAUGACACUUUUCCCUGCUUGGCAAUUGUUUGUAUGUAAAACACCUGGCUUGGCAUUUCUGGAACAAUCUGAAUUGUAUACUCAAUUUAAAAUUACAGAAUCUUUCUUUAAAGAGGGGAAUGCAUACCGCUACCUAGCUCCAUUUGUCUCUAGUGGUCUAUGUAGCUUUGACACUACUUGUGUUGCUAAUGGAAGUUUUUUCAGAUAAAGUGGCUCAACUGUGACCCUUGCUAGCCACAUUUAUACAUAUAUGCGAAAAUAAGGGUUUGGCUGCACUCACCUACACAUGCUAAAUUAGGGUGCUGCUGGGGGCCAAUAAGUACAGUGAAAAAGAAAAUCCAGCGCACUCGCUUAUCUACUAAACAGUCAUUUUAAUGCUGAACAAUUUUCAGUUUUAUUAAAAACACCUAAUCUAGGCAAAAAAAUAUAAUGGGGGUUUAGUUACAGUAUAUGAUCAUACAUUGCAUAAGCCUGCCACAACGCCAAUGUACCCCAUCUUUGGCAGGUCCUACUCUGUCUGCUAAAUGAGCUUCUCACUUGGGGAAAUCCUUCCAUCUCGAGGUCUCUGCAGUACAAUGCUUAAAUAGGAUCCUGAGAUGAGGCACCUGUAACAGGGAGGGGUGCAAAACCCAUGGAGCUGGCUAGACUCCUAAAUAUAUACAUAUAUGAGAAAAUAAGGGUUUGGCUGCACUCACCUACACACGCUAAAUUAGGGUGCUGCUGGGGGCCAAUAAGUACAGUGAAAAAGAAAAUCCAGCGCACUCGCUUAUCUACUAAACAGUCAUUUUAAUGCUGAACAAUUUUCAGUUUUAUUAAAAACACCUAAUCUAGGCAAAAAAAUAUAUUUAUACACCUGCAACUAUGUAAAUCUUUUAUUUUGCCAUUUUUACUGGUGGUGUUUUUCCCAGAAUAAAACAAUUUAGGUCUGCUUUGUGGAAAUUGUGAAGAUCUAAACUUAUAUAAAUACUAUGGAGGAGGUUGAUGUGAUCCUAUGCAAGGCAUGCUUGUUGCUAAUUUUAUUGUGGUGGCAGGCCUGGCACAAUAUUUAUGUAGUUGUAAUUUUUCUUGUUUGUCUAUUUGUUAAAGGAAGUAUCCACACAUGUCUAGUGUGCCUUCCUUUAAAUAGUGCCUUGCAUGUGUACAUACUAGAUCAUGUUUUGCUACAGUGCUGCAAACAAUACAUGGAAAUGAAAUCUUGUACCCUGCUUUCCAAAGUAAUAGUGUAAAUAGAUCAUUUUUGCUCUGAAACAAUUUGCUUUUGAUUUUGAAAAGGCUGAAUGUUAUUUUUGUUCCUUCAUUACCAUUUCAGUGCCAGGGUAUGCAAUGCCUUCCAUCAUGAGAUCUUCUGAUUCAGGUUUAAAAUGUUUUUCCCUUCCCUGUACCUUAGUUCCCUCCCUUAAUGUUCUUCUCUCACCCCGCCUCCCUUUCACCCCAGUGUUCUUUUCCCUCCCCCAAUGGUGUUCUUUCCUCCCCUCCCCUGUCCCAAAGUGUAACAUCCCCCUGUCUUGUCUCUCUCGGUAAGCACUUCCUUUCAGUCUGGCCAGGUACAGGAAGCAUAAAUACCUGUACCGCGGUGGGCACUGCUCUGCUCGACCACGCUACACAGAGUGCCUGGCCCACCUCCUGAUGGUCACUCCAAUCUAGCCGGUGCGCCCUAAGGCGGCCGCUUGUGCCGCCUUAAGGACAUGCCGGCCCAUAUCAUUAUCGGAAUUACCGGUGAUUAUCUACUGAUACUUUAAAAAAAAAAAAAUCGGAAUAUCGGCAAAACCAAUAUUCGGUCGAUUCCUACUCAGAACCUUUCUGAACAGGUGGUGCUGUAAAUAAAUUUUCAGGUUUGUUGUCCCCUACACAUAUUCCAAUACGUGAUGCUGCAGAUUGCUAAAAUCGGUAAACAUUACUUUUUCCUUUUUGAGUUUUCAACCAAAGGUCUGUGCCUUUUGCUUUUCUUUGUGUGUUAUGUGCUUUAUAAAAUGGAGGUGCUGCUUAUUACUUCCCCACACCCCUUCAUGUAAAGUACUGGGUGGAAUAGAGUGCACUCACAUGUUUUGGGGAGAUCUGUGGUUGCUGACCUUUUUUUCUGGAUACGAAGUCAGUGUGUCUGUGACACAGAUUUUGCCCAGCUUGGGGAAGUGUCCACAAGCAGGGUGAAUCAACAAAGAUCAGAGGAGGAGCGUGGGUGAGACUUAAUUUUAUUUGGGGGGGUAUAUGGGGUGACUAUGGGCUUGGGGUCCCUAGUCGCUGGGGUGGGGGAGGACAAUAAUAGAUAAAAUUUCUGUUUGCAUGCCCAAGUGUUUAACUGGGCAUGCGUGGGAAUUUCACAGAGCUCCCUAGUGUGGGCAGAUGUGUCCCACAGGGACUUCAUCUACCCACACAAAGAUGACAGCGCCCAGGACCUAGGUCUGGGCAGAAAAUAAAUAUUAAAAACUAGGUAAAAUAAACCCCAUCCUUGCCCACCUCCAAAGAAAUAAUAGCCUUGGUGACAACCACACUGGACUAUGACUAUGACGUGCUGAUGUGGAACCAGGUGAAAAUAGGAAAGAUGAGCUACACAGCACUUGGAAUCUGGAAAGAAUUCCAAUGAACCCUCAAUACCAGCCAAAGUUAUUAAGAGGGGAAAGAAAAACUUGCUGCAGUCUCCCAGUAGUGGAGUUGGGAGGGGUGUUUUAAAAAACAAAACAAAACCCAAAAAGACUAAGUGGAUACUAAAAGACUGGACAUACCCCAUUUGCAAUAUCUUGGGUUGUCUACUUUUGCAAAUGGUAUGCCAUCAUGGGGGUAAUUCUCAUUCCUGGUUUACCAUACGGUAUUAAAGGCAAUCAAUCUGGCGAAUUUCAGUGUGAAAAAACUGAAAAAUGUAACAUGCUAUAUUUGACCCUAUAACUUUCCAAAACACCAUAAAACCUGUACGUAGGGGGUACUGUUUUACACGUGAGACAUACAAAUAUAUGUAUUUUAUUGCAGUAAAAGCAAACAGUAUUAUGACAUUCACAGUUAAAAUGUCACGCAGAACUAAAAAAAUAACAAUUUCUUCAUUUCUCACAUUUUUUGAAAUAUUUUAUUAAUAUUAAAUUGUUUCAUAGCUAAAUUUGAUGUUAAAUGAAAGCCCUGUUUCUCUUGAAUAAAGUUAUAUUUAAUAAGUGUGGGUGCACUUAAAGGACCACUAUAGUGCCAGGAAAACAUACUCGUUUUUCUGGCACUAUAGUGCACCCUCAGGGCCCCCCUCCCGCCGGGCUUUAGGGGGUGGAAGGGGUUAAACUUGCCUCUUUCUCCUGCGCCGGGCGGAGAGCUUUCCUCUUCGGCUGAAUGCGCAUGCGUGGCAGGAGCCACGCGUGCAUUCAGCCAGUCCAUAUGAAAGCAUUCUCAAUGCUUUCCUUUGGACACUGGCGUCUUCUCACUAUGAAAAUCACAGUGAGAAGCGUGGAAGCCCUCUAGCGGCUAUCAAUGAGACGGCCACUAAAGGCUGGAUUAACCCUGAUAUAAACAUAGCAUUUUCUCUGAAAGUGCUAUGUUUACAGCUGCAGGGUUAAAACUAGGGGGACCUGGUAACCAGACCACCUCAUUAAGUUGAAGUGGUCUGGGUGCCUAUAGUGGUCCUUUAAUAUGAAAGAGGUGAAUUACGGUUGAACAGACAUAUGGUCAAAUUCCAAGUUUUGUUUACGUUUUAAUUUGAUCAAAAAGUGUACGUUUGGCUCUCUCCUUAAGGGGUUAAAAGGGCCAGGGCAUUGUAACCACUACAGCAAGUUUGUAAAAUUGAUGUGCAGUGGAUCUGUAGUGUGAAGCGACAGUGGAAACACCGGUGAAGUGUAGAGAGAUGGGAGGGCUUUUUAAGUGUUCUUGCAUAGCAAGACCACUUAAUGUUAUCUCACAUAUAUAUUAUUAUUCUUAUUAUAGCCAAAUUUAGCACCCUAACUCCUCCCACAGUUUUUACACAACAUACAGUAUUUUUUUUUUUUGUACACCUGCGAAUGUUUUUAUAAAUGUAUGUUUUAAUGUAACUGUGAAGCACUUUGGGCAACAGCAUUGCAAUUAAAUGUGCUAUAUAAAUAAAUAACAGUUACUCCACCCACUGCAGUUGUAGACUACUGGUGGAGGCAAGAACACUUCACACAAUUUCCCCAGAAAUUUUAGCUUUUCUAGUUUUUAAUGAUCCUUCCUGUAGAGGAUGUAAUGAGUAAGUGAUUACUAGAUGAUUAACAGACAACUUGAAAAGUGAAUUGUUUGUGAGUGUGUGUGUGUUUAUGUGUAAAUGGUGAGGCUGCACUCUCAAUCUUUUCAGUUACAUUUCAGUCCUCUCUGGAUAAAAUGCUGUUUCCAUUUCCCUUAGGUAUUACGAGUGACAUUUGUCAAAGUGUGCAAACUUGCGUUAUUAGCGAACAUUACAAAAUAGUCUUGCGUAAACAGCACACAUAUUCUCUUAAGGUACUUUGUUCCUCUUUAUUGAGUUGGUAAAUUUUUGUGCAGACUACAGCACUGACCUCUGUCAGCACAGACUCCUUUUGUGAUCUGUUUCAGUGUGACACUGUCCAGUUAUUUCUAUGCUUUGCUGCAACCUUUUUGUGGCUUCUAACAUAGGUGACCUGUCACAAAGCACACCAACCAUGGUUUUAUCCUCUAUGAAUGUUGCAACUGACAAGGAUGCGGCUUUGUCUCCCUUUACUAACAAACUGGGAUCAUUUUAUAAAUGACUUCAGUUAGGCAGUUGUGGGGCAGUCCCCAUGGAGACUGCUAGAAUAUUGUUGACUUGUUCAACUUUUAAAAUUCUUCCCCUGGAAUUGUGCUUUAUACAUAGCGAUCUUUGUUUCCAAGACCAGGCUUUCCAAGUAUUACUUGUUCAAAGCACAGGUGUUAGAAAGCCAUACUUCUGAAAUCAGUAGAUGUAGUUACAUGACUGGUUUCUGUCUUCUCUCUAAAUUAAUUUACUUCUAUUCUUGGCUGCAGGAAUUCUCUUGUUCUUGAGAUGUAUAUUCAGUUACUGAUAGUUUUUGGACUGAUGUAAUGCACUUUGGAGUUGGCUGCACACUGUCUAUAUUGGUAAUUUUCUUAAUGGAAUGGAUGAAUAAGGAUACUAAUUUACUUGUGUUUUCACCUAUUUUGAUGUAUGCAACAUUCUUAUAGUUAUAGCAUGGUUUUGCCACAAGCUAGGCCUUGGAUAUAAUUUGGCUACAAUUCAAACAAAACAUUUUGUCAAACUAUAUUUUAAGUUUUUCCCAGGGACCGUUUAUUUUCAACCACCUCCUACAACCAUUGUGUGCUCCUUUAGUUGUUUUCUACCAUUCUGUCAUAUUAAAAAUGACACAGGAUAGUUACAUGUAUAAUCUAUGCACGAAAAAUAAAGAAUUAAAAAAAAAAAAAGACACAGGAUGCACUAUAACCACUUCAUCUUAGUGAAGUGAUUAUAGUGCCUUGAUUCACAGGACACAAUCACUCAUUUCAAUGUUAAACUGUUUAAUGCUUAAUGAAUGUCCCCAGCUGCUUGCAGCCCUAACCCCAUUGGUGUGUGCAAUACAGCCUUAACCAUACCCACUCAAAGCUGUGAUGGGUGACUCGGAUAGGCUUACCGCAGUCAGCUGAUGCUCGCAUUCUAUUACUGGCACCCAUCACUGCACUGAUUAUUGCGGAAGCCUUAGCAUGAGCAGCACAGAAGGGCAAUCCUGAAGGUACCUGUAGACCCCAAUAAUGGAGCCAGGGAACUAGUGCACUAUAACCACUUAAUUUCGUGCAUUAUAACUACUUCAAUAAUGACAUGGUUAUAGUGUCCCUUUAAAAGUAACUGUGGAGAUAGUUUGGUGGAAGAGUUACUUUCUUGCCUUCCUCUAUUCUCCUACUGAUUAAAUCCAUCAUAUCUCCUUCAAACCUAAAACCAUUUUCUUUUUUCCUUUUUUGCCUACUCUGCUUCUUCUUGGGGAGGAAUGGUUGUGGGAAUUUGCAGCAUUGAAAACCAACUACUUCUUAUGUCAACUUUCAUUUGUGAGAUGCUCGGUUUUCUUAAAUUUGUAUAAAAGAUUUAUCACAAAAUCUCAGAAUUCAGUUGGGACAAGGUAGAGACACAAGACAUUGCAAAAGGGAAGGAGAAAUGCAACCGGUUUCUUUUUUUUUUUUUUUUGUCUGUAUGCUUUCUCUAUAAAAAACCAGGUGUAGAUUUUACAACCCUGUUUGACAGGGAUGGUGGCACACCCAGUUGUAGUAAAUUGUUGUUGAUUUCAACAUUAAAUUUUUUCUUAAAUCACAAGUACAUAUUUGUUAGAUAUAGGGGACAUGUAAACACUGUAUUAAAAAUACGUUCUCCCUACUCCCCCGCUUGCUCUCUCUUCCAGACGGUCCCAAUCACCGUACCGCAAGCGUUCUUCCGCACCCUCUCGACAGCGAUCUGCCACUUCAUAUGGGACCAUCGACCAGCACGAAUCCGAAGGUCAACGCUGGAGAGAACCAAAGGGGAGGGAGGUGAGGGACUACCGUCCAUUCUGACAUACUAUCAAGCAUCCCAUCUACCCAGUCUGGUCAACUGGCACACCAACCCGGCGGGCAAUCAGUGGGCGCAGAUGGAAAUUCACCAAGCACAAGGGAAGAUCCCAGCAGUACUUUGGAGGGGGUCUCAUACCAGGGGGUUCGAACGGGCAACCCCAUGAUUGACGCAACUCUCAGGUCUUGGUGCGGGAUAAGGUACUCCAGGCAACUCACAACGUCCCCUAACCCACUCACACCUGUCAUGCGCAAUCCAUGGGUAGCAGGGGGGCUGCACCCUACUGCCCCGAAAGAACAUCCAGGAGUUUGACUGGAUAUACAUGCACCAGUGGUGUACGGACACGGACCUCAAACCAAUUGCGGACCUGAUGCCAGACCGGAGACCGGCGUUGGAGGAAUUCCACUACCAUCAGAAAAAAAAUAUUGACUGUCUAUGUUGGGCAAACACCACCUCAACAGACCCCUAUGGUACCUCGAACAUCUAUGCACAGCCAGACAACCACUUAGCCACGGGAUCUCCAACCUAUACACACCGCUCCUGGCGACAGGAACUAAGACUCCGCUGAGAUUCACCAGAAAAUGGGAGAGACACGGGGGAGACGCUCACUGACCAGGAAUGGGAGAAAAUAUUCAUUCUGAAACACAAGGGAUCCAUUCGCUUGAAAUAUCAAGAAUGCAACUACAAAAUCCUAACACACUGGUACAGGACCCCAGAUACCCUCAACCACAUGCACAAAUCAAUCCCAAGUGAGUGCUGCAGGUGUGGACUGGAAACUGGCACAGGACUACACAUUUGGUGGACUUGCCCACAGAUCACCCCAUAUUGGCGAAUGGUUAACCAGAAGAUCAGAGAAAUCACGACCACUGGCCUACCACUCCAACCCCUGCCAAUGCUACUAAACUACACACACACCACUGCAAAAAUACAAAAAAAGUCUCACCAUACACCUACUCACAGCCGAAAAAAAGCGCUGAUACCCGCUCAUUGGAAACGUGAGGAUGCACCCACCUUCCGGCAAUGGGUAGAUAGGGUGGAAAAUAUACAUAGUAUGGAGAUGUCCUGCAGGGAUGCUCGGAUAAAUGUGCUCUGACCUGAUAUCCUUGGACCGAGUUUGUAGCCGGGGGUGCCACACAGAUAGGAACCCAUGGAGGAGAGGCUGGGGAAGCACUGAUCCCAGAUCCACCCCUGCCUAGACUAACUAGACUCCUCCCCCUCUCCCCCCCCCUCCCCCCCCUCAACUCGACCUACCUACAACCCCCAGAAUAUCACAGACUUGACAGCUCACAAAGUUGCUCCUCCAACUCCUACAAUUCCUACCCAUCCUACUAGACCUACCACUACCCCUACACUCACCCUCCCUUACCCCUGGCAGACAGGGUACAAAGACCCAACACCAAACCAAAAGUAGUUCGAAAAGAUAUAGCUCACACCGAGAGUAAAGGCUCUCCCAAGCGAAGCCAUACCACCUACAAGGCAAAUAGGUUUCCCCAACUGAAAUUUAACAGCUGUCACACAUUAGGCUUAACCCAGAUGAACAGCUAUAGCCCUCUUACAGAUCAAUUGCACUCACCUGAUUGUAUUAUCUUCUACCACACACAAUAUGAGGCUGCUGCAAUCUCAUCCUUUAAAAUAUCUGAUACCAAGCGUACACUAAAAAAGACAUUUGCAGCUCUCUAGUUAAAUGUUAGUACCACACAUUUGACGUUAAAAAUAUUGUUACUGUAAUGACGACGUUGAAAUGUGAUACGUGACCUUGUCAUACUUUAAUAAAACAAAAAUAAAGAAUGUAAAAAAAAAAUACUUUCUCUUUUAACAUUUAAUUUCACUCUCCUUGUCUGAAUAAAUCAUAAAAUUUAGGCCUAAAUCAGCAUUUUGGAACCAGACUGGACAAUGAAAGUUUGAGGUUGAUAUGGUCACUCAUGUAAAAGACAGAGCCACAGUUUCUUUUAAUAGAUAAUUGUUUGAAUAAUAUUUUCAUUGGAAUAAAGGGGGUCAUCUCCAUCCUUAAAAUUCUUUGAUUCAUUAUCCUUCAUGACAUGGUGAUACAUUUUCCUUAACCGACACACCUUGUCCAUGAUGAUACAUUUUCCUUAACAGACACACCUUAUCCAUGAUACAUGGUGAUACAUUUUCCUUAAAGGACCAAUAUAGUGCCAAGAAAACAUACUCGUUUUUCCUGGCGCUAUAGUGCCCUGAGGGUACCCCCACCCUCAGGGUCCCACACCUGCCGGGCUGGAUGGCAAGGAAAGGGGUUAAAUUUACCUUUUUUCCAGCGCCGUGCGGGGAGCUCUCCUCCUCCUCCUCCUCCUCUUCGGCUGAAUGCGCAACAGCCAGUCUCAUAGGAAAGCAUUCAUAAUGCUUUCCUGUGGACGCUUGCGUCUUCUCACUGUGAUUUUCCCAGUGAGAAGCACGCAAACGCCUCUGCGGCUGUCAAUGAGACAGCUACUAGAGGCUUUAGAGGCUGGAUUAACCCAUUUAUAAACAUAACCGUUUCUCUGAAACUGUUUAUAAAAAAAAAAAAGGGUUAAUCCUAGAGGGACCUGGCACCCAGACCACUUCAUUAAGCUGAAGUGGUCUGGGUGCCUAGAGUGGUCCUUUAACCAACAAACCUUAUCCAUGAUACAUGAUGAUCCAUUUUCCUUAACCAAGAGGAAACUACCAGUGGUCUUUUUAUUUAUUUAUUCUAUUUUACUUUUAUGUCUUGCUAAGUCUGUCACUGCAUAAACUUUAUUUGUGCACACUUACAUUUAAUAUCUUAAUUUUCCUGGCAUAUAAUGGCAGUACAAGUGAGUUGUUUUUUUUUUUUUUUUUUAUCCUCUUGAGGGACAAGCCGACUGUAAAUAAGUAAAAACAUUUUAAAUAGUACCUCCUACUUCCCCUUUUAAACCCAAGAUUUAACACAGGACCGUCCAUAUUCUUUCUUGACCCAUUCGGGACGGACACGCUGACUGUACUGGGAGCCUGGUGAGGUGUACUGGUUGCUGUCUGCAGGAUCUGGCCGAUAGCUCCAUGGGAGGUGAGCUGUGUGCCCUGCUCUGUGUCCUGCUUAUAGAGCUGUCGGAGAGUCUGCCUUCUUAUGCCACGUGGAGACCUGCACUAGGUAAGAGGUGGUCUGCCAAUUUGAUUGCGAGCUUGGUGCUCAAUUAAAAUUGUUGGCACGUUCAAUGGGACUUGCUUCAGUAGCCAGAAGGACUUUAUGGCUGUGUUCAUGGUCCGUUGAUACGGUUUCGAAAGUUUCUUUAUGGGAACUGCCUCUAGAAAGUGGGAAAUUGUUUGGUUCCCAACUGGAAGACCUGAUUAAACAAAUGUCUGACACGAAAAAAGCUUUACCUCAGGAAAAUAGAUUUACACCACAUUAUAGAAACUCAUCUUACCCAUCUUAAAAGAAAAGCAGCUAUUUGGGCAGAAGCUAUGGCACUGUUAAAAAGUGUGUGAUAGAAAGAGUUCCAAUAUCCGCAAGUAUAUUCGGUACCAGAAAUUCCAGAUGGACACAACUCACUCUGUCACCCAUUUAUUAAACAAAAAUAUAUAUAUUUUUUUUGUGGCAACUUUAGACCUUAAGGACGCAUAUCUUCACGUUCCCAUGACGGUAACCAUAAGGAAGUAUCUAAGGUUUGCAGUUCACUCUGGCUCCAGUAUCCAUCACUUUCAGUUCAAGGCCCUUUCCUUCAGUCUUGCAGCAGCCCCAAGAAUUUUUACAAAAAUCCUUAACUGCAAGGUUAAGGGAAAUGGGUGUUUUCUUUAAUCCCAUACCUGGGCGACUGGCUUAUCCUAGCCGACUCAAGGAGUCAUCUGGAAAGGGAGCUUCAAACAACAAUGCGCAUCCUUGAAUAUCAUGGUUAGAUUAUUUAAAAAAAAAUUUAAAUCCCUGCUCUUGCCAACGCAAAAAAUAAAUUUCUGGGUUUCAUCCUAGAUGCCAAGACUUUUUCUCUGCACCUCCCUCUGGGGAAAAGGCAGAAACGAGAGGAAGAAAUUUAGUUUCUUCAAGAACAAGUUUACACCAUAAGGCGAGCAAUGAGUGUUCUGAGUAUUUUGACGUGUACAAUUCCAGCCGUCAAAUGGGCCAGAUCAGCAAUACGUCCAGUUCAAUGGGAAAUGUCCUCUCAUUGGACAAAGAGGGAAGUAGACCUAGAUGCAAAGUUCUCCCUUUCGACAGAAAUCCAAAAACUGCUAUUUUGGUGGAAACAAAAUGCCUGUCAAUGUUUUCAUUUCCAGCAGAAAGAGUGUGUGAUUAUCACAACGGACGCAUCAAAACUCAGAUAGGAAGCACAUCUGCUUUCACACUUCCGUCACGAGCUGUGGAAUCCGGAAGAAAAAACACACUUCCAAUUACCAAGAGCUUAAAGCAGUCUGGUAUGCCCUAGUAAAAUUCAAACAUUGGAUUCUGAACAAGGCAGUAAAGAUAGUAAGACGGUAGCAAUAUCAACAGUCAGGGUGGUUCAAGAAUCAGAGGCCUGCAAGUUCUUUGUGGGGAGAUUAGGAUGUGGUCUCAGACACCUGAAAUCUAUUUCAGCAGCUCACAUAAAAGGCGAACAAAAUGUGGUAGCAGACGACCUCUGCAGGAACAAAUGGUCACAAACAAAUUGGUCUCUACACUCUCAAGUCUUCUCAGAAAUAGUAAAAAAGAUUUGGUCUUCCGGUAAUAGAUCUAAUGGCAAGGAGGAGGAACAGAAAAGUGCCGAAGUUUGUUUCACUGUUCAGACAGGGCCCCUCGGGUUCUAGACAGCGUUUUGGUCUGACAUACCUUUUUCCUCCUAUCCCAAUGAUCCCAAGAACUUUACAGAAGAUCAAAGCAGAACAAGCUCGAGUGAUUGCUGUCAUCCCAUACUAGCCAAACCGGAGCUGGUUCUUGGCAUUGCGACUUAUGGCACUGGACUACUGGGAGCUUCCAUUCUCAGAUUAACUCCUGGAGAAAACAAUGUUCAGAUUGACGGCCUGGCUUUUGCAAGGUUAAUCCUGAAGAAUCGGGACAUUCCGGAUAAUCUGUUUCAUUCAGUUCUAAACUCCACCAGAGCUUCUACGUCUAGUAUCUAUUUGAGGAUUUGGAACCAAUUUCUCCAUUGGUGCGUUCUGCAUAAUUGCUUUCAUUGCCUUCCCUCUGUCAAGUCGAUUCUUCAGUUUCUGCAGCCAUUUGUUUCUUAUAUGAGCGUACAUUGCAAGGACUUUUGGACUGUUCAUUUUAUCAUUAGAUCGGGUUAAUUCUUGAAUUAAGACUGUGGACAAUAUCAAUUUGCACAAUUCCAUUUUAAUGUUAAUUUUAUUUUAAUUUAUUUAUUUCUCUGCAUUGCAUUUAUUUAUUUACUAAGAUAUAUUUAUUUAUCUAAUUAACUGUGACCGCUAUUCAGUAAUACUGUAUAUGUCACCAAUUUACUUCUCCAUUCACUCUCAUUCUGAUAUAUAUUUCUGGGUGUUGGUAUCCACUCCUGGUUCGACGUAUUGGGUUUUUCCUAUGCUUUUUAUCUUUCAGUUUCUGCAAGAAGGCUUUGAAAACACAGUGUCUCUACUUUAAAGAUUCACACUGCGGCCCUCAACUGUUUUUUUGCUGCAAGAAUUUGCGACGUGUCUGCUGAUUAGGUAUUCAUGUCCAUUCUUCUACAAAGACCACCUCAGAAAUUUAAAUUCCCAUCCUGGGAUUUAUCGCUGGUGCUACAGUCUUUAUGUGAAGCUCCAUUUAAACCACUUGAAGGUGUAUCAUUAAGAAUUCUGUCUCUCAAGACUAUAUUCCUGGUAGCAAUUACCUCAGCUAGAAGAAUUGGGGAGAUCCAAGCCCUUACCUCUUCACCAGACUUCACAAUUGUCCAUCAGGACAACGUUGUACUGCAUACUAAACCUUCUUUUUUACCGAAAGUUCUUUCAAGAAAAUCUCUGAAUGAACCUCUGUUGCUUCCAUCAUUCUGUAGUUCGGGAAGUUCGGAUCAAGAACGAAAGUAGCAUAACCUGGAUGUUCGCAGAGCACUUCUGAUUUACUUAUCCCAUUCAGAAGAUUUUAGGUCCUCUGAUCACCUGUUUAUUCAUUUUCAGGGUAAAUAGAAGGGCAUGGGGGGCCUCUUAAAACCCCUCUGGCGAGGUAGUUAAAGGACCACUAUAGUGCCAGGAAAACACUAGUUUUCCUGGCACCAUAGUGCCCUGAGGGUGCCCCACCCUCAGGGUCCCCCUCCCGCCAGGCUGGAUGGAGAGGAAGGGGUUAAAUUUACCUUUCUCCAGCGCCGGGCAGGGAGCUCUUCUCUUCAGUCACCGGCUGAAUGUGCAUGCACGGCAGGAGCCGUGCGCACAUUCAGAGAGUCCAUAGGAAAGCAUUCUCAAUGAGACAGCCACUAGAGGCUGGAUUAACCCUAUUAUAAACAUAGCAGUUUCUCUGAAAUUGCUAUGUUUAUUUAAAAAAGGGUUAAACCUAGCUGGACCUGGCACCCAGACCACUUCAUUAUGCUGAAGUGGUCUUGGUGCCUAUAGUGGUCCUUUAACGAACACCAUCAAGUUGGCUUAUGAAUUGCAUGAUGUUAAAAUACCUUCCUCCAUUAGAGCACACUCAACCAGAGCCAUGUCCACUUCAUAGGCAGAAAAAUCAAACGCCUCUCCUAAAGACAACUGCAAAGCAGCAACAUGGUCCUCUCUUUAUACCUUUAACUAGCACUAUCUGCUAGACAUCUUCUCGUCCUCUGAGGCUGCUUUUGGGCGCAAGGUGCUUCAAGCUGUAGCUUGCUGAGACUUACCCUUUUUAAUGUUCCCGGGAUCUUGUUAUAUCCCACUGGUACUGCCACUAAAUGCCAGGAAAAACAGAAAUUUUACUUAUUGUAAAUACCUUUUUUCUUUAAUAUAGUGACAUUAUGAUUCCUUCCUUCUUUUAUUUGAUUUAUAUUGAGCCAUUUUAUUUCCUAUUGUCUUUUCAUUUACUGAUGGUCCUUGAGUAAGUCUGGGGCUUUAAAGGGGAAGUAGGAGGGACUAUUUAAAACAUUUUUUUUUUUUUACUUAUUUAUAGUCAGCUUGCCCAUAAAGAGGAUGCACACCCACUGGUCCUGCCACUAUAUUAAGGAAAAAAUAAUUUAUGGUAAGUAGAAUUUUUUUUGUGCUAGCUUCCACUUAGAUCCUUUACUUGGCCGGCAUGAAAGCUCCAUCCCUCCACUCCACAUUCACGUGUCAACUCUUUCACUUUGGUCUUGUUCCCAACUCCAAGGCAGUCACAAUGCUUGCUCAAACUGAAGGAAGUUUUACCUGCCUGAAGACUAGUCGCUCAGAGCUGCUGCUCAGCUUGGCUGGGAAAGGGCUGCUGCUCCUCCUUUUUUUUUUUUUUUUUAAAUACAACUUUGCAGCAAUAUUUCUUUUAUUCACUGUAACACUAUGUGUAUAGCUUUUCUUUUAGGUUUCUACAUCCUUUCUCUAAUAAGCAUAAACUUUGGUGUGCCCUCUUGGGCACACAUGCUCAAAUGUAUAGGUUUGCCACCAGUGCACCAUACUUUAUUCUUUUAGGGAAAUUAAUUCCUGCAAAAAGAGAUCUCCACUCACUGACUUGUGACCGAUCCGCAUGGGAUAAUUUUUAAUAACCCUAACCCGUACAUAAGUGUAAUUUCGUCUGACUGCUGUGAUGGGAAAUAAGCCUGCCCUGAGCAGGGCAAAGAAGGCUUUUAUCAUGGAUUGAGUUAGUGUAUUGAUAUUGAAACUGUAACGGCUUGUCUGAAAGAAUGUAAGCUCUCCAGGAUCACAUUAUCCACAACCUAACAUAUUGCAGGCAUAUAUAUUAUAAUCUAUCUUUGAAUGGGGCCUCAAUGUUCUCUUGAAUUGGCCUGCUGACCAAUAUGAAAACACAUUUUAUACUUUAAUGGCAUAUGUCACAAGAUGUUAUGCUAUUUAGUAGAGCCAUAAAGACUUGUGGGGAAGAACACAUUAAAAGCAGUGUUGAGGUGCAUGUAAUAAUUUGCAUUUAAAAAAAAAAAAAAAUAAUAAUUCUUUUGCAGGUAGGUACAGAUCAUCAUUAAACACCACAACAGUGUACAUAGAGAUAUACAGGUUAUACAGUGGCAUGAGUAGUUGCACAUUUUUUGUUAUACAUAAACAAGCUUAGCUUAAAGGACCACUCUAGGCACCCAGACCACUUCCACUUAAUGAAGUGGUCUGGGUGCCUGGUCCAGCUAGGGUUAACCCAUUUUUUCAUAAACAUAGCAGUUUCAGAGAAACUGCUAUGUUUAUGAAUGGGUUAAGCCUUCCCCCUAAUCCUCUAGUGGCUCUCAUUGACAGCCACUAGAGGCGAUUGCGUGCUUCUCACUGUGAUUUUCACAGUGAGAGCACGCAAGCGUCCAUAGGAAAGCAUUAUGAAUGCUUUCCUAUGUGACCGGCUGAAUGCGCGCAGCUUUUGCCGUGCAUGCGCAUUCAGCCCAGGAGGAGGAUCGGAGGAGGAGAGCUCCCCGCCCAGCGCUGGAAAAAGUUAAGUUUAACCCCUUUUCCCCUUUCCAGAGCCGGGCGGGAGGGGGUCCCUGAGGGUCCCUGAAAUCUAUUUUCUUCAUUGAUGCAAAGAUCUUAACUUUGUUGUUGGCCAGAUCUGUCUGAAUAGUCUUUGGGCCACCCCCUUGAAGAUUUCUUUGGACCAAUCUGUUUGUUUUAAUUGACCUCUGCCCUUCCUUGAGUGUUUUCUGAGCCUUUAUGUGAACUGCAUGUUUGCUGUCUUUGCACUUCAGCCCAGUCCGUAAUGUCUGGAUAUGUCUUGGGGAUCUGAUUCCACCUUGAUGAUUUAGAUAGGCCACAGUUGUGGGUAAUUCUCAUUCCUGGGCUGCCAUAUGGUCUCAAAAGCAAAAGAGACCCAGGAAAUAAUUUGGCAAAUUUCCACGUGUAUAGACUGGAAAUGGGAAAGCCCUAUAUUUGACCCUGUAACUUUCCCAAACUCAAUAAAACCUGUACACGGAGGCAUUGUUGCACUCAUGGGACGUCACAGCCUAGAAAUGUGUAUUCUAUUGCAGUAAAAUAUAACGGUAUUAUGCCAUACACAGUUAAAAUGAACUUAAAAAAUAAAAUCUCUUAAUUUUUUGUUUUUUUGUUUUUUUUCAAUUCAUUUUUAAAUUGUUUUAUGUCUAAAUAUUUGAGGUGAAAAGGCCUGUUUCUCCUUAACAAAAUAAUAUAGAAGUGUGGAGGCACUUAAUAUGAAAGGGGUAAAUUAUGGUUAAUCAAACAUAUAGCUUAAAUUCUAGGUUUUGUUUUGGUUCAGAACUUGGACAAUUGCCACCAUUAAAAGUCCUCACACAAAGCAUCAUAAGAGGAAACCAAGAUUGGAGACAUUUUUUACUUUUGCUUAUUGUGUGAGCAGUGCUGCUUUUUGAAAAACAUUUGAUUGUUUUCCAUGCACUGCCCAGCAUGAACAAGGAAGUUAGUGCUGAAAAACAAAGGGGUGGAGCAAUUUAGAUGCAAAACAUGCAGAAUAGGUUGGCUUUUAUGGACUUGUGCAAAUGAAUGCAUAUUUUUAUUUUGUGUGAAGUACCUUUAAAUACAAUUUAUUCAAAAGUAUAAUUUCCAGGUUAGUGUAUUCGCCUUUAUGUACAGUUGUGCCUGUAUUUGUGUACAUACUCCCUCAAACAGAAAGGGUUAAAGUUCCAUCUUGUUGAUGUUUUAUUUUUAGCUGAUGUUCUGUGCCCCUACAGCAGAAAAUAAAAGCUGUUGUGUAGUGACAGCAGAACGGAUUCCAGGAACUAAUCUUGUUUUUUGGGAAGAGUCCUAUGUCUGCUUUAGCACAUUAUGUGCCUGGCUUCUUUCAGUGUGUUGAUGCACGUUUUCUGAUACGCUUAUUUAGAAUGUGAAGCGCGGGUUUCUGCCUUAUGCCAGAUAGUUUCUAGCCAAGAUCCCUCUGUGAAAUUUAAGCCUUGUGCUCCAAAUAUGACUUUUCUGUAAUGGCUGACUAAACUACGGUUAGUGGAUCUGAGUUGGUUGCUGAACAGCUGUUUUUGCAUCAUAUUAAAAAUUGUUUUGUGAUGGAUAAUUUGGUUCAAUUUAACAAUCUAUUAAUUCCUAUUAAUCUACAUAAUCUUAACCUUUUAAGACCAAGGCUCGCUUGAGAUAGUACAUAGUAUCUGCAGCCUGUGCAAGCUCUAAAGAUAUACCCAUAAUGAAUACAUGCAAACAGGUAUUUUCUUAGAUUUCCCUUUUUGUUCAUUUAACAAACUUAAAAUAGGUCCACUAGUCCUGAUUUUAAAAUGACAAUAUCUAGAAUUUCAGUAGAUUUUUAGACUUUCUGGCUCUGCUAACUCUCUGUACUGUGUGAUUGCAGCAUCAGAGGAAGGUCUCCCUCCAUGCAGUAGCUCCAGGAACUGUGAUCGGUGCUGGGCAGUUGGCAUAGCCCAGCAACGAUCACUAAGCAGGAUGACCUCACAUGGGUCUUUUCAGACACUGGGGUUCUCCCUGAUAACGGGGACACAUUUAAAAUCACAGAUUUUUAAAUUGCCAUGUGCAGCACUCACAUAGCGUACUGCCCAAGCUCAUCUCUCAGCCUGGUCACUAAUUGUAAACACCGUUGACAGGGCACUCAGAUAUCGUAAAAAUCCUUUGGCUCCCUGUUUUUAGCAUGAGGAAGGCUGGGGCAGACUCGAAUACCGUGACAUGAGCAUGAUCACUCGGAUGCCGUAUGCAGAGCAUACUUAGAACACUGCACAUAGCUUGUUUGCCAGUGUGGGGCCACUGAUACCUGGAGUUUCUUGGUACCAGCAGGUUUUUAACCCUGCUGGUACUUUUAAUGCAUGACACACUAUGCCAUCUGUUACAAUGUAUGACCUCAUGGACUGUCAUGCCAUUCUCAGGGGGUUAAGAAUGGCUUCUGUUAUGAGAAUUAUAUGAUGUGAUAUUAAGUGUGUAUAUAUGUGUGUGUGUGUGUGUGUGUAUGUAUAUAUGUAUAUAUAUAUAUAUAUUCUUUAAAAAAAAAAAAAAGUGCAAAGGUGUGUAGGCGCUACCAAAUUUACACACAGGUGUAGUGUAAGUGUAGACGCCCAACACUUAAAGGAUGUAUAGUAUAAUAAAUAGAAAUACUACACCAAAUGCAGAACAAUAUUCAAGUUCUAUGACUGGACCACUCUAAAAAAACAAAACUAAAAGUAGUAUUUUUAUAGAAUUUUUGUAAAAAAAAAAUUUUUUAAUUUAGGGUCCUUGCAGUAUGUGAAUUUGUUCAGACUGCCAGGGAACACACUUUUGACAUUGUUGUGGCCGUGACUUAAAGAUGCAUAUUACGCUUUUGAUUAAUUUAUAUUAACCCCUUAAGGACCUGGCUGUUUUUGCGAUGUUGUACAUUUGCGAACAGGCAUCUUUUUACACUAUUGUGGUGGUUGUGUUUAGCUGUAAUUUUCCGCUCUCUUUUACUGUUCCCAUACAAAUUAUAUAUUGGGUUUUUUUCAGGACAAAAAGGGCUUUCUUUACAUACCAUUAUUUAUAUAAUCUCAUGUAAUUUAAUUUUUAAAAAAAUAUGAUGAAUAAUUGAAAAUACAUGUUUUUUGACUUUUACUUGAAAAAUCUUUUACUCAUCUACAAAAGCGAAUGGAAAAAAAACUGCUAAAUAGAUUAAAAAUUUUGUCCUGAGUUUAAAAAUACCCAGUGUUGACAUGCUCUUGCUUUUUUUUGCAAGUUAUAGGGCUAUAGGUACAAGUAGGAUAUUGCGGUUUCAAAACAUACAUUUUUUUUAAAUUUAUCAAGUGACAUUGUAACACUACUAUGCUGUCAUAAAUCUCUGAAUAAAACCCCACAUGUACGUAUUUUUUUAAAGUAGACAACCCAGGGUAUUCAAUAUGGGGUAUGUCCAGUCUUUUUUUAGUAGCCACUUAGUCGAAAAACACUGGCCAAAGUUAGCAUUCAUAUUUGUGUGUGAAAAAAGUAAACUAAAUUGAACCCGAAUUUUGGCCAGUGUUUGUGACUAAGUGGCUACUAAAAAAAGACUGGACAUACCCCAUUUGCAAUACUUUGGGUUGUCUUCUUUUGCAAAUGAUAUGCCACCAUGGGGGUAAUUCUCAUUCCUGGGCUACCAUACGCUCUCAAAGGCAACGUAACCAACCUGGUCAUUUUCAAUGUAAAAAUAUUUGACUCUUAUAUGUGAGCCUGUAACUUUCAAAAACGCUAUAAAACCUGUACAUGGGGGUACUGUUAUACUCGGGGAAACUUUGCUGAACACAAAUAUUAGUGUUUCAAAACAGGAAAACGUAUCACAACAAUUAUAUCAUCCGUAAAAGUGCUGUUUGUGUGUGAAAAAUGCAAAAAAGUCACUUUCACUGGCCCUAUCAUCGCUGUGAUAUGUUUUACUGUUUUGAAUCACUAAUAUUUGUGUUCAUCGAAGUCUCCCGAGUAAAACAGUACCCCCCCCCUGUACAGAUUUUAGGGUGUCAUAGAAAGUUACAGGGUAAAAUAUAGUGCUAGCAAAUUAAAUUCUCUGGACCUUCGGCCUGGGUUGGCAAGCAGGUCCCUCAAAUUGCAAUCAAUAAAAUUACUUAAUUAUGUAAAAAUAUUACAUUGACAAUGCUUUCCUAUGGACUGGCUGAAUGUGUGUGCGCGCGGCUCUUGCCACGCAUUCAGCCGGUGACGGAAGAAGAGGGAGGAGGAGAGCUCCCCGUUCGGCGCUGGAGAAAGAGGUAAGUUUAACCCCUUCCACCCCCUAGAGCCCGGCAGGAGGGAGACCCUGAGGGUGGGGGCACCCUCAGGGCACUAUAGUGCCAGGAAAAUUAGUGUUUUCCUGGCACUAUAGUGGUCCUUUAAUGAAGUGGUCUGGGUGCCAGGUCCAGCUAGGCUUAACCCUUUCUGCUGUAAACAUAGCAGUUUCAGAGAAACUAUGUUUACAAAUGGGUUAAUCCAGCCUCUAGUGGCUGUCUCAUUGACAGCCGCUAGAGGCGCUUCCACGCUUCUCACUGUGAUUUUCAGUGAGAAGACGCAAGCGUCCAUAGGAAAGCGUUGCGAAUGCUUUCCUAUGGACUGGCUGAAUGCGCGUGCGGCUCUUGCCGCGCAUGCGCAUUCAGCCGGUGACGGAAGAAGAGGGAGGAGAGUCCCAGCACUGAGGGAGCCCGGCGCUGGAAAAAUGGUAAGGGAUUAACCCCUUCCUCCCCCCUCAGUGCCACGGGAGUGGGACCCUGAGGGUGGGGGCACCCUCAGGGCACUAUAGUGCCAGUAAAGUGUUUUCCUGGCACUAUAGUGGUCCUUUAAGGAUUCUGCUUUAUUUUAUGACCAAAACCAUAUUAAUACCAUUACAGACGUAUGUAACUGUAUAAAAUUAUCUCACGACUCGAGUGCCAAAACGUUUUUAAAUUAACGUGUUGUAAAGGAACUAUUGGAUUGGCGUAUGCUUCUAAUAUUGCACGAUGUCAUUGGUUUGUGUCCUCAAUGUAAGCGACCCGGUUAGAAUUUUAAAGAUCAGACCUCUUGUUGAAGAACUGUAUUCUCCUUCUUUGAGAAACAAUUACAUGUCUGCUCUGUAGUGAAAAUUAAUCUAAAGUCUAGGUUGGCAGUUAUGCUCAGUCCUGGCAGUUGGUCCCUAGUAACAAACUGGGCAUGUCUUGCCAUUUGCAGUGAAAAUAGAUUGGUGUACAAUGGUUAAAAUGUAAUGCAAAAUUGAAUGUAGACGGGACACAUUCUACUGGUGCAUCUGGGGUAUUCUGAUGUACAGUAACACCCCACUUUUCUAAUAACCUUAUUUCAUCUGGGCGACAUCAAAUGGCAAAAUAUAACAGAAAAGGGCAUGGGACUGUGGAAAUUCCCCUCCCUCCUUAUUUGUAUUCCUCAACCUAUGGCUCCAGAAUUGAAAGCAAGCAUGAAGUUACAAUUCUAGGAGGACUCAAUGAAUUUAUAGUGAAAUUUUAUGGACCACAAGGAAGUAAGUAAUUUUUUUUUAUUGCAUUUUAUUUAUUUUCAUUGUGAGUUGUAAGCAAUUGUUUUAUUCUAGAACACUUUGUCAUUCAGAACAAAUGUCGAAUGAUUCCCUGCACAAGUGAAUUUGUUUUUGUUGUUCUUGCACUGCCCCUCUCUCUGCCUCCACAGUAGAUCAUGAUGUGAUGUAGUCCCUACAACAUGAAGAUAUGACUACACUAAGUGCAGAUCCUAAGGGUAUCUUACAUUUUAAUGUAUUCUGUGCAUAUUUUUAUGUAUAAUCAAUUAUCCCCACAGUGCAUACAAAGUGUAAAGAGUCAGCUUUAGUUUGUCAUAACUCUCGUUGGCUUGCUGUGCUUCUGAAGCUCCUAUAACUUAAAUAAUACACUUAAAUGUGGCUGCUAUGAAACUGUAUGCUAUUUGAGGAACACAUCAAUCCACUGCACCCCUUAUAAUGCAUAUUGCAAAAGUUAAGCAACUAAUCAGCUGUUUGAAGCAAAGAAGAACUCUGUAGGUUGGUUAAUAAAAUGUUCCACCUACACCAGAUUGUAACCACAAUUGUGAUCUAAUGUGAACCUGUGGUCCAGAAUGUGUUAAUUCCACAUUAGUUACAGGGAUAUGUAGAUCAACUAUAUUAACUAACAGGGGAGCCAUGAUCCAAUAGUCGGAAGGGUUUUUUUUUUUUUUUGGGGGGGGUGUUCUUGUCUUGAAGAAGGCAUAUUUCUUUACCUUUUAGAAAAAGAAAAGCAAACUAUCUUUUUGAGCCCAGUCUCAGGAGGGCCUUAAAGUGACACUGUCACCAAAUUUGCAAAGGUCAAAAAGAUAAUUUGCAUGUGGGGGGCGGAGCUAGCAGUCAUACUGAGUGGACGUGUUUCAGUUGUGCUCCGAGAGAAUUGAAGCUAAAAACGGCAAGAUAACCCGCUUACUUACCGCAACAGACUCCCUUUCGCGCAUCCUACUCCACCUAUGAUAUGGGGCGCAAAAGCAAAAAACAGCAGCUGGAAAACACCACGUUUAGCGCGGAUUUCAUCAAAAUGCUGUGGAGGCCGCGCGAUCACAUGAGGCCAGACAUGGCACCGCUCUCGGACAGGCCCUCCCGCUCAACCAGCGAGUACUCCCUGACCGACCGAAGGGGCUCUGAGCAACAAGCCAUGAAGAGAGCAGAGCAGCCUCCCGUGCAGAGUGGAAACCCUCCGGUCACAGAAGCAACGCUGAAAGCCUACCUUGACUGAGAUUCCACACCUAAUAAGGAGAUUACUUGCUGGCCUAUUCUCCCCUAAACAAGGUAAGGCUAUGACCUUAGAUGGCUGCUACUGGAUAACACCGCUACAAGCUACAUCAUGGUCCAGUAGAGAUGUGAUCAUCCACUUUCAGAACGGCCCGGACAGGCAAGCCUUCCUGUCCGCGGUGCGCAACGCCUAUCACUUUAAAGAACAUUACUUAGUUUUAUCCUGACAUCUCCAGGGUCACCAUGGACUGGCGCAGGUCCCUGCGAGUGCUGACCAGAGUUACAAAAACAGAAGGUACCCUAUAAAUGGGGUGCACCACGGGCUUAGUAAUACCAAGGGAAUCUGGGACUCUAAAAGUCGUAGAGGCUUCAGAAGUGACCAGCAACUCUGGCUGCUGUCCGUUGAUACAAGAGAGUCGCUUCCAGUAUCACUCGCGCAGAAGACCACCUGAAAUCUGGCGGCGGUGCGCUCAUUUGUUUCUGCCUCCCAACGGAGCAGCACCGCGACCCAUUGGAUUGCUUGAAUGACUUAAUGUGACUGCCCAGUUUGUCUUAUUUAGGCACAGAGAGUUAGCAAUGUUAGCUUAAUGCUGUUAUAUUCGCUUAAGCAGAGAAUAAGCGCUCCGCUGCACACGCAUUCACCUUCUGCUGACAAAGGGGUUUCAGUGCCACUAUACACCUAUCUACCUACUUACCCCCUCUUACCCCCACCUCACAUACACGGAUCAUGGCUUUAAGCCACUUUCCCACAACUUGCAACAUGGGUGAUACCCACUGCUCCCUGACAUGAGUAGCAACCAGUGACCAUGGAGGCAUAUGGCCUACCUACCCACCUGUCACUUUAGUGCUAGCUGCAGAUCUCCUAGGGGGUACUGAGGGCUUAGUUAAAGUCUGAACUUGUGACACAUACUUCUAUUAUAACCAAAAAUUAUCAAUCCUAAAAUAGCAGUAUUGUUUUGAAUACCAUGCUUUAAUUGCCUUGCCUCACAACUGUUUAUUAUUUUGCAAUGCAUGUCUUAAUUGUGGAUUGACAAGAAAGUAUGACAAAAGAUAAUUUGCCUUUGUUUUUUGAAAAGGUAAAGAAGUAUUCCUUCCUCAAGACAAGAAAAACCUUCUGACUAUUUGAGUCAUACACUUAAGCUGCCGAACUAUUUUGCCUAAAGGAACACUUAAGUGUUGGGAAUCGAAAGCUGUAUGUUUUAGAUUUCAGGGUUAAGGGGACAGAGGCAGUACACACAGACCACAUCAAUGAAAUGGUCUGGGUUCCUAUAGUGCCCCUUUCCUUGUCAUUUAUACUCUAAUAAGACAGGGUAAUCUCGGGUUUUGAUGUGAAUCCGUCCCAAAUCAAUUUCUUGGUCCAAUGAAACGCCCCUUUAAUAGUGUGUGUAUUUCUAUGAAACUCUUAGUUUCCUGUCAUGGGGAAAUGGAGUAUAAUGUCAAUAAGGCACGGUUCCUAAUUCAGCCUUGAAAUCUUUCCAUUUCCUAAAAUGUUACCAAUUCCUCCCUCUCAAUCUUUAGAUUGAUGGAUAUAGAUAUAGGCUAUGACAUUUUUUUUGUAUCCGGAUUUAAAGGAAAAACUAAAUUGUUUGCAGUUGCUACUGUUCUCCUGGUCUUUAAUUCCUGCAUUACAGACUGGCAGGCAGUUUUGUUGGUAUUUAACAGGGUGUAAUGUUUCAUGCUUUUGUAAUGUUUCAUGAUAUAACCGUCUGUAGUAUAAGGUGAUAAACACAGGUUUAAAGGUACACUGUAGGCACCUAAACAACUUUAGCUUAAUUGAAGCCAUUUUAGUGUAUAGAUCAUGCCUCUGGUUUCACUGCUCAAAUCACUGCUAUUUAGGAGUUAAAUCACUUUGUUUCUGUUUAUGCAGCCAUUGCCACACCUCCCCUGGCUCUGAUUGACACAGCCUGCAUGAAAAAAAGCUGGUUUCACGUUCAAUCAGAUGUAAUUUCUUACACAAUUUUAUCUCUUGCUCUGUAAAUUGAACUUUAAUCACAUACAAGUUGCUCUUGCAGGGUCUAGCAAGCUAUUAAUAUAGCAGGGGACAAGAAAAUCUAAAACAGAACUUGCAAUAAAAGGAUAAACAGUAGAUGACUCUUUACAGGAAGUGUUUAAGGAGGCUGUGUAAGUCACAUGCAGGGAAGUGUGACUAGGGUUCAGAAACAAAUUGAUGUAACUCUUAAAUGGCAGAAAAUUGCGCAGUGAGAUUUCAGGGGCUUGAUCUAUACACCAAAACUGUUUCAUUAAGCUAAAGCUAUUUUGGUGACUAUAGUGUCCCUUUAACUCUGUUUAAAGUGGCUGUCACUUUGUGGACGGUGACAUCGCCACUGUGUCCGGUGGCCAGCAGGUUGGUAUGGUGAGAGAGAAUCGAACUGGAAGGCUCCUGCUUCUUUCCCUACACUUAGCGGUGACCUAAUUAGCCAUUGCCCUGUAUGGUCUGCCUGGUCCAUAUUUACAGCAUUGGCAAUUCUCAUAUUUACUAAAGCCAGAUGCAGUCAGAAUUUGGUCGGUUUAGAUACGAAAAUCUGAUUUUCCAAACUCAUCAAACCCAAUUUACAGCACUGGUAUUGCAAAUGACUGAAUUCACUUGCUAUUUGCCAGUGCUUGUUAACCAGAUGCCACAUGGAAAAAGAAAUACAUAAAGUAAAUAAAUAUCCUUUGAAGGUGAGUAAGACCUCCAUAUGCUACCAUCUGGCAGGUGGGGGCAUGUCUAGUAAACAUUAAAUCUACCGACUAUGCAGCCUUUGCAGCCCAGUUGCUAGAAAGUCACCUCCCAUAAGGAUGGUGUUUAAGAAAUAGGAGGGCAUAGUCCCCACCUGUGAGAAUGUAGUGUUGUGUGCUAUAAAAAUUAAAGGGAAGACUAGUUUCCCUUUCUUUGAUUCCCCCACCCAUGCCGGCGGGUGGGAGCUCUAAUAACUAUCAAACAAGUGGAACCUAGCAGCCACUCCUCUGGUCAGCUGGCAGGUGGGGGCCCUAAGUAAUUAGAGUGGGGUGGAGGAAGAGGGUUGACCUUAGAUUAUCUGCAUACCCUUGAACAGGGAGAUUGUUUCAUAAGCCAUCCUAAAUUAUUUUAGAACAAAAGGGAAGUUAUAUCACCUCUAUUUGUAUGGAAGUUAUUUGGGAUGGUUAUUUUUUCAUUUUAAUGAGCUAUAGUGGUUAUUGUGCCAGUAGUUUCCUGCCACACUAUCUGUAAUCAAACCAUUACCUGGGGUUUACCUGGUACCCCUCCCCUGCAGCCUUCAGAGAGCCAGAAAUCCCUACUUAAAGGAAUAAUAUAGAUUUGGGAAUACAAAUAUGUAUUCUUAACGCUCUAGCCAUUUAGGUGACCCGGCCCUGCAAAGUAAACCUGGACAUUUCUUCAGAAGGGCAAUUUUUGCAGCUGCAGGUUCUAAACUACAGGGACUUGGCAGCCAGACAACUUCAUUGAGAUGGUCUUGGUGCUAUUAUUUCCCUUUAACUCUUGCCACCACCGGGCUUGGCUCAAAGCUCCUAGCAUGGUUUUUAAAGUCAAGGCUGCAGACGCAGGAUCUAUUCCCCCAAAAUCACUUCAUUAAGACAGUGACUUUGUUGCUUACUCUCCCUUUAAGAUUAUCUGAAAUUUACUCCAGGUCUGUUUGAAUGAAUGUUAAAAUGUUCUGCUUCCUCCAAUUUAACCAUUGUUUACCAGUCUGUGUUAAUGUAUUAUUGACAUGGUUUGCCUCUUCUCUAUUGCAGCACCAUAUGAAGGUGGCGUGUGGAAAGUUCGUGUGGACCUUCCUGAUAAAUAUCCUUUCAAAUCUCCUUCUAUAGGUUGGUUGGUACUUUUUUGCUUCCAGAGAUUUAAUUUGCACUUGUAAUUCUAAGUUUUUGGGGAAGAUUAAAGAAACCUUGACUGUGUGUUCUCACAAUAUUUGUUUCUAAAAACAAAUUGGUUACGAGACUUGCAUUAAUACAAGUUGUAUGUUAGUGUUAAAUAUUUUUGUUUAGAAAACAGAAUGUAUGCCUAAAGCAACACUUAUGGACUUUGCUCCAGUCCUGGUUUCAAAACAACAGAUUUUCUGUGUCCCAAGACAAGAGAUUCUACAUAGUUUGCCUAUCCCCACAAUACUUCUGUAUUGGUUGAAUGAAUAAAUGAAGAAAAGUUAGAUGGGUAACCACGGCUGGAUUUCCAGAUCUGGUGCCUGUUGGCACAUUUUAAGGGACCCCUUAUGUCCCAACCUCAAGGCAGAUUAAUUUAUUAAGUGAACAUUGAAGGCCACAAAACGUGGAUAAAAAGUCACAUUUGACUACUAUGUAUGUAUAAAUGUAGUUGCAUAAUUCUGCCCUGCUUGAACCUGCAAGUUUAGUGCAUUUAUGCAAAUGAAUGCGGGGUUAAAAAUUAUUUUAUAAGUUGUUAGGGUAAAGGGGAUUUUAAGGUUAGAUUACACAGGAUGUUUACCAUUUGAGAUGGAGUUGAAAUUAUAGUUUAGUCUGUUUAGGACUGAAGUUGGAUUAAGUUUAGUAUUGGGAUGUACAUUAGGUGUUUAGUUUUUAAGAGUAGUUAAACAUAGGAUUAAUGUAAAGGGUUUAUUUUCAGGUUGAGGCAUUGAGUGCUGGAGUUUGAAGGGUUGUUUGCAAAGUACUUCCCUCCCUAUGAUUUUGUAGACCAGCCAGUCUCCAAUGAUUGUUAUUAGAGCUGCAGGAGUGGUUAGACAGUGUGCGUCCCCUGCUCCUCUUGCAAUGCAUUUCCUGUGUGGGAGGUUACUAUUCGGCAGAUGGGAAGUGAUCUUUCACUUCAUGUCCAGCUUCACACACAGUGGAGGACCUGGAACAGAACUGGAUUUCACACCCUCUAAAACUAUUCCUGCUGGUCUGUUAGUAAAGCUAACUGGACUACAGAGGACACUGGCCAAAGCUUCUGAUAUUUAUCUCCUCACUAGCCUAUUUAAGCUCAAAAAGACACAUUUGAAGUGCUGAAAUCUGGCCCUGUAGGCAAUGUCUCUAGUAAAACUGACUGCCACUUUAAACAGGCAGUAACAUUGCAUUGCUGUCACUGCAUGCAGUGCAUCAAAGCGACUCUUCCACCCUUCCAAAAUGAGUAUUUAACAAAGAAUCUUUAUGAAAUAGUCAAGGUGAGUAUGUUGGUCUUUCACUGAAAUAUCAACCCACUAAGAUAUAACAAGAUAAACUAGGGAUUGCCGUCGUAAUAGUUUCCCUCUAAUUAACAAAAAGGCAAAGCCUUAUUAAAUUUUCUCAAGCCCUCCGUCAUCACUAGUGACGACUAAGGGGUAAAAGGCUUUUAUGGAGGAUCUUGUGAGAUCUCUGUUGUACUGCAUUCAUAAAAUGUACAGCGCUAUCUUCGGCCCCUGACCGCUGAAUAGGACCAGAUAGAAGAUUAUGGCGGCUGCAAGGGACAUGUUCAGGUAAGUAUAACUCACUUUCCCUUGCACCCCGAUAUCCAGCAGUGAUGUCUCUGUCAUGGGUCUUUGCAAAUUAUGGAGAGACCCCAGACAAUGACAGAGCCGCUUUAACUACUGACUGACCAGCAUGUGGCAGCUUUGCUUUUUGAUGUACAGAAAAGAGAGCAAGGCAGACUGGAUUUAGGAUUCUACUACAACAGUUUAAAAUUACAAGCAUUAUUGCUGCUUUAAUGGACUCUCUUCUCCUCUGUUUUCAGGGUUCAUGAACAAAAUAUUUCAUCCAAAUAUUGAUGAAGCGUAAGUAACAAAUGUUAGAAUUGGUAUGUAUUCAUUGCUUUCCACCUCUUUGGUGUCUGAGGAGGGGUGAAAUAGGUCAGAGUGCUCCAGGGUAUGUUAUCUGAAGUUACUCUGAUUUAACCCUGCCUUGGCAGACUGUCUGUCUUGGAGAUGUUCGGUGUUUGUUCCAACUCUGCUCCAUAUGGCAAUUCCACAGAAAUAUGUUCUGAGCACCUUCACUGGCAAAAUUCUCCAUCCUGCUGCUUUCUGUGCUGGGUAACAAUUUAACUCAAUGUCAACAGCUUCACUACUUUUCUUCUGCACAGUGCACCAGUCCAGAGUUACAUUGGAGCAAAUGUUUGUUGGUUUUGUGUUUUCGUUUUUUAGACUCGGUUGGUUAAAUUUCAAAAAGCUGGCCUUUCAUCUUACAUUGGCAGGUUUAUUGGUAUAUAAUGCAAAAUUAAAUACUUUAUUGUAUGAAGCACUCCUAUUUUAAACAUCUUGUGGUCUAGGCAGCCCUAAAACUAAUCAUACUUCACCUGGUUAUGGUUUGUGGUGUGUUUGCUUUUAAAGUGAUUAAAACAUUAAAAACUCUAUAAACCUUAUACUUCAGGUUCUGUUUAUCUCAAGAUUAGUUUGCAAUUGUGUGUUAAAUGGACACUAUAGUCACCAGAACUACAGCAUACUGUAGUUCUGGUGAGUAUAGUCAGUUCCUGCAGGCAUCUUGCAAUAAACAGUCUUUUUAGUGAAAAGGCAGUGUUUACAUUACAGCUUAGGGAUACCUCCAGUGUCCUCUUUUCAGAUGGCUACUAGAACUGCUUCCUCUGUUUUGUGCUGCACAGUGUGCAGCACUGCCAUUGAGUGUCUCCACCCUCUGCAUGGAGACACUGAAUAUUCCUCAUAGAGAUGCAUUGAUUUUAAAGUGACCGAUAGUGCCAGGAAAACCAGUUUUCCUGGCACUAUAGGCUCUUGGAGUGCCCCCCUCCCGCGGCGCUGAAGGGGUUAAAACUCCCUCAGUCACUUACCCAUGUCAGCCGGCGGGGCGAGACCUAAUGUGCAUGCGCAGCAAUGGCCGCGCGCACAUUAGACCUCCCCCAUAGGAAAGCAUUAUUCAAUGCUUUCCUAUUAGGAAAAUCUGACACUGGAGGUCCGUGAGGGUGCCAGUGUCCGAUAACUGUCCAAAAGUCUGUUUGGAUUCCGGAAGCCUUCUAGUGGCUGUUACAGCCACAGAGGGCAGACUUGAAACUGCAAUGUUUUUACAUUAAGUGCAAUUUUUAUAAAUGUAUUUUUUUUUUUUUUCUGUUUACAUGAAGUGCAAACAGGUCAUAGCACCCAGACUACUUCAAUUAGCUGAAGUGGUUUGGGUGCCUCGUGUCCCUUUUAAUGUACCUUUAUGAGGAGUUGCUCACUGGCCAGUGCUGUGUUUGUCUUGUGCUGGCUCUGCCCCAGGUCUGCCUCCUUGACAGUCUUCGCAAAUCAAAAGCUUUCCUUUGGAAAAGCAUUGGGUCUGUAUGAUACCAACACUUCUAAUGAUGUCAUCCAAGGAGGCAAAUCAGGGGCAGAGCCAGCAGCAGCAGACUGGAAUAACGGUAAGCUUUUUCUAUAUUUAGGUUGGCGAGGAGGUGUUUUUAACACUACAGGGUCAGGAAUACAUGCUUGUGUCCCUGCUCAUAUAGUGUUCCUUUUAAAUACAAGAUCUUUCCCCCCAAUAUACUAUGGUUCUCUGAAGGAGUUUUGCUGUACUUUCUACAAGUCAUGUAAUCUUUCCUGUUUGGCUUUUUUUUCAGGUCAGGUACAGUGUGUCUAGAUGUCAUCAACCAAACCUGGACAGCUCUUUAUGGUGAGUGCCCAUUCUUCUUUAAUAAUUCAUAAUUCAGUUUAGACAGGGCAAACAUUGCACGUGAAGAGUUUAAAAAGAAGCAUUGUUUAACCCUAUAGUGACCACACCAUUUUUCAAUUUUCUUACCGUUAAGGACCAGGGCUGUUUUUAAAUUUCUCUGGUGUUUGUGUUUAGCUGUAGUUUUCCUCUUACCCAUUUACUGUACCCAUACAUAUUGAAAAGUUUUCUCACCAUUAAAUGGUCUUUCUAAAGAUACCAUUAUGUUUAUCAUAUCCUAUAAUUUACAGUAAAAACAUGAAACAAAUGUAAAAAAACACACCUUUUCUAACUUUGACCCCCAAAAUCGCAUUGACAUCCGCCAUCUACAACUGCCAAAAAACACCCAUGAUAAAUAGUUUCUAAAUUUUGUCCUGAGUUUAGAAAUACCCAAUGUUAACAUGUUAGCUUAUUUUUGCAAGAUAUAGGGCAAUAAGUACAAAUAGCACUUUGCUAUUAACAAACCAUUGUUUUUCUAAACUAACGAAAUUAACAUUGUAACACUGAUAUCUGUCAGGAAUCCCUUAAUAACCCUUCACAUGUAAACAUUUUUUAAAAGACAGCCUAAGGUAUUAAACUUGGAUUAUUUUGACUCUUUUCAUGCACCAAUUUUACCACCAAUCUAUGCCAAAGUAAAAACAAAGGUUUUUUUUUUUUGUUUGUUUUUUUUUUGGACACAUAGCAAUUUAAGAAUACAUGUACUGAGAACUUUAAGGGUUACUGCCAAAGAGCACCACAAUGUGUUCAGCAACAUCUCCUGGUUCUCUGGGGGUUAAGACCUUAUUUGGAGGGUGCGCUUUCCAGUUUUCUUGGAAUUUUCACACCUGGUCAUCAUGCACCCAUGUCCUAUUUGAGACAUUUUUGAAGCCAACCAAUGUAAAUUUACCCCCAUCAAACCAUAUAUUUUUGGAAAGUAGACAUCCUAGGGUAUUUCAAAUGGUGGUAUUUUAAUACUUUCAAUGCACUAAUUCUACAACCAGUCUUUGUCAAACGUUUGGGUAGUUAUUUUCUUUAUUUUUCACACGCAUUGUACUUUGGGCAUGGAGUAUUAGUUCCUGUUAUGUGUUACUGCCAAAGAACAUCCCAAUAUUUGUUCAGCAACAUCUCCUAAAUACAGUGAUACCAACCAUGUACAGGUGUUGGGUUCAUAUUUGCCGCGGACUUACUAGGUACAUCUGCAGUCCUUAAGAUUUUUUGCCGAAUGUACCUAGUUACAUCUGCUGUCCUUAAGGGGUUAAUUUCUCCUAAUACCUGUAUACUUUCUCUAAGCUGACUGCAAGGUGCCAAGGAGUUUACAAUGAUAAUCAGCAGUGCACUUAGAUGUAAAUGCACAUUUCAGAAUUUGUAGUGGCCAGUAAAUUUAAGGUCUGGUUUAUAGUGUUGGGCUUACAAUUUUAAGCCCUGACUAGGUUGAAUUUUGUAUUUUAAUUUUCAGUGCAUCUGCUCCAUUGAUAGUUUAUGUGAAAGAUUAAUUGACGUUUAAGGUCAAUUAUAGAUAGGUUUUACGAUUGUUAAAGUGUAUGUGUGUUUAAAGGAUCACUAUAGGGUCAGGAACACAAACUACAUUCCUGACUCUCUAGUGUUAAAACCGCCAUCUGGGCCCCUCAUGUCUCCAUAAAUAUAGCAAAAUCUUACUGUAUUCAAGCCUGAAGCUGUAAAUCUGCAUGCUGUUUGCUUCAGAAAAACAAGCUGUCUGCUGACUUCAUCAGAAGUGGUAGCCUGAUCCAAUCACAGUGCUUCCCCAUAGGAUUGGCUGAGACUGACAAGGAGGCAGAUUGGGGCAGAGCCAGCACAAUUCAAAUAUAGCCCUGGCCAAUCAGCAUCUCCUCCUAGAGAUGAGAUGAAUUGAAUCAAUAAAUCUCUGAGGAAAGUUCAGUGUCUGCAUGCAGAGGGAGGAGAUACUGAAUGUUUGGAUGCAUUUUAGGCAGCCAUGACCCAGGAAGGAUCUCUAACAGCCAUCCGAGGAGUGGCCAGUGAAGUUAUCACUAGGCUGUAAUGUAAACACUCCAUUUUCUCUGAAUAGACAGUGUUUACAGCAAAAAGCCUGAAGGUAAUGAUUCUACUCACCAGAACAAAUUCAUUAAGCUGUAGUUGUUCUGGUGACUAUAGUGUCCCUUUAAUUUUAUUGCUGCUGGGGCCGAUUCAUUAAAGAUCCAGCACACUCAUUUACUGAACAGCAACUCCAAAGCUCACAGAUGAAUAGGUUUAAAAAUCAAAACAAAAACAACCUAAUCUUGGCAAAAACAAAGGCGGUUUAGUGACUAUAUAUGAUCAUUCACUUCAUAAGUCUUCCACAAUGUCAAUGUUUCUCAAUGUUUGUUCACUGACUUUGAAACUUGUUCUGGCUUACUGCUUCUCAUACCAGCCUUCCAAGAUAUGUUUGUUAAUGUUACCAGGGCUGUUGGUAGGCCUUAACUGGAUUGAGCUCUUCUCCAGUCAUUGGCCAAUUUAAAUCCAUUGUAUUAUCUUCCAUUUUACAGAAAUUUAUCUUAAAGGGACACUAUAGUACCCUGAGGGUGUCCCCACCCUUGGGGUACCCCUCCCGCGGCGCUGAAGGUGUUAAAACCCAUUCAGCUACUCACCCUUUCCCCCCGCCGACGUCAGCAUCCUUGUCUGACGUCACCAGCGCCGAAUGCACAUUUUUCAAUGCUUUCCUAUGGACGCUCUGCGUGAUUGGGGCAUAAUAUGCCUCAAUCAUUGCCGAUGCACCUCUAAUGGCUGUCCGGAAGACAGCCACUUGAGGCUGGCUUAACCCCUGAUGUAAACAUAGCAGUUUCUCAGAAACUGCUAUGUUUACAUCAGGCAGGGUUAACCCUAGAGGCACCUGACACCCAGACCACUUCAUUGAGCUGAAGUGGUCUGGGUGACUAGUGUCCCUUUAACUGUCCUUAGUACUUUUUACAAGUUUUAGCAGCAAUGGUCCUGCAUUCUUAAAACAUGUUGAACUAAGAGACUUACUCAGGACUUUAGAACUCUCUUACCUGUCUGCUCUGGUGGAGUCUGCCUGACUGGUAUCGGCUGAACUCCCCAAUCAGAUAGCAGCAAGGCCUACAUCAUACGUGUUGUUGCCACUUUAUUCAGCAUGCUUUUUGUCUUAAUAUUUUAGCAAGCAUCUUUUAUUUUCAUGCCUUAAACUUAUUCCUGUAGCAUAUUCUAAUGCACAGCCUAAACACAUUAACUUUCCUUCGUUUGUUUGAGUAAGUGUAUUCUCACAUUUAGAAAUGUAUACAGAAGACUGUGUGGUAAUGAUAGAGGCGCAUCAAAUAUUAAUAGCAUCAAAUAAAGAUACGCUAAAACACUGUAAUGGGGAUCCCUCUCACCCACCAAAAUCAUGCAGAAAACGAAGUGGAAAAGAACCCAAAAGCUAUUAACCUCACUCUUCCACAGACAUCAGUGCACAGAUCAGACCAGAAACUAUUUUUUUUUUUAUUUUUUUGCAUAGCUCAUGCAAGUAUUCUGCACAUCUUGUCUGUUUAUAUACAUCUUAAGGUUCUUAUGAAAAAAAAGCACCGUUCUUGUGAUAUCCAAUAUCCUAUUCACUACAUCUCUUGAUCUAACAUUUCAGCAAGAUUACAGAACACUAGUGUAAAACACUUGCCUCUACUGACUUUCAUUGCGCAUGUACUGCCAUUAUCCAUUAAUGUACAUGGACAUAUGAGAGCAUUUUAAACUUUCAUUCUUUCCUUUAAUGCAACAUGUGCGUUAGAGGUGUCAAUAUUGUAUGCAUAGUGUUCAAUAGCCGGACAUGGUGGAACUGUCUUUUAUCAUGGUUUGUUAGGCAGACCCAAUAGUUGGGGGUGGUGCUUAUCUUAUUGAUGCACAUCAUAACUCGCUCAAUAACGACUAUUGUAUUUUCUUAAUUGUUGGUGUGUUUAUUGUGUAUCAAUUUAUAUAUGUUUUAUUUUUUUCUUCAGAUCUCACAAAUAUAUUUGAAUCCUUUCUGCCCCAAUUGCUGGCCUACCCUAACCCAAUAGAUCCACUGAAUGGAGAUGCAGCAGCUAUGUAUCUCCAUCGACCAGAAGAAUACAAACAAAAAAUUAAAGGUGAGAAGUCAUAAAUAGAAUGUCAACAUUUAGAGUAUAGUUAAUGAAAAACAAAUUUCAGCAAUGAAUAGAGCUAAAUUGUAUGGGACGUUUCUAAAAAUGAAAAAAAUUACAUCUAGUCUAUGUCCUGAGAUGGCUGGAAUGGCUCCUUAAAGCCCAAAGGUGUUCUGUAACUUUAUACAAUUGGAAAUGAGUACAAAAAUAACAACUUCAGCAUUCUGAAAUCGUUUUCUUAUAUAGUUCAUGCCCAGCAGUUUAAGAGUUAAAUCACGGAGUAUUAGAUGGGAGGUGUGGCUAGGACUGCAUAAACAGUCUCCCCACACACUUCUGAAAAAGUUUUAUUUAUUUUCUUGUAGCACACUGUUUAAUUUAGCAUUUUUCUAAUCUUCUCAAUUCAUAGACUUUUAGGGCCCAUAGGAGCCUCCUGUGUGUGAUUCAAUGUACAAUUAACAGAGCAGGAGAGACAAACACUAUGCUCUAAGACUUGCUUGAAAAACAAUUUUUUUUUUAUUUUUUUUUAAAUGCAGUCUGUAGUAUUAACAGUAUUCAUAUGUAAAGGGCAGAGGAUUGAGACCGCUGGGGCAUGAGGUACACACCAAUGCUUCUUCAUUCAGCUAAAGUUCUCUUGGUGCUCAGUGUCUCUUUAAGGAUGAUGGUUGAUCAAGACCUGCAAUUGCUUACUCCAAACUCUUUCUUCCAACUUUCAGAAUACAUCCAGAAAUAUGCAACAGAAGAGGCCCUGAAAGAACAGGAGGAGCGCACAGGGGAUAGCUCAUCUGAAAGCUCAAUGUCUGACUUCUCUGAAGAUGAAGCUCAAGACAUGGAGUUGUAGUAGAUACAAUCUGCUUUUUGGAAGCGAAAAAGACUGAUUUCCUAACCAUGAAAAGCAGACUAUAAUAUUCAUAUUUAAACAAAGCAAUUUUUUUUAUUACUAAAACAAUGUUUUUAUGAAUAAUAGCAUUGAUAUAUCAUCACCCUUUAGGUCUUGAUCUUCCCCGUCAUUUCUCAACCCAAUGUGCAUAGCGUGUUCCCACAUUCCAUUUUGGUAGCAGUGUGCAUGAGUUCAGCAGUCAAACAUUGUGUGCUACUUGAACUCUAAGGAAAAAAAGCAAAAAACGAUAAAAUCCCACAAAAACGCAACAUAACUGGCUGCUGUGAUGCAUAGUUUGCAAGUAGUGUCGUCUUUUUAUCAGCGCCCUGCCAAGUGGAACACGCCUCGGACUCUGUGCUGGAACUUUGCAUUCUCCAAAGCUAAUGAUGAACUUUUAAGGCAUACUGUAUUAAGAACGUCUUUAGAUUACAGAUGCAAACUUCAAAAGAAUAUUUGGUUUUGUGGGUCACCCUUUAUUUUUAUUUUCUUACCCAAAGUCUGCACAUUAGUUUGACAAAAAAACAAAAACAUAAGAGCCCAAUGAGAGCUGGACUUUAUAGAUGCCUCUUGGAUUUUAAGUACUUAUAAAUAUAUUAUAUAUUUUUUUUUCUUUUUUUUUUAAAGUCCCCUCUCACUUUUUUUUCUUCUUUUUUUUUUUUUAAAUUGUGGAAUCAUCUCCCCUUUUUAGGCCAAGGUGGGAAGAUGCUUAGACCACUGGUAUAUUGGUGCCAUCUUGGAGGAUUUCAGUCACUUGGUUGGAGCCGGGGGUGGGCUGAACUUCACUGGUGGUAAAGUGACCCAUAGUCAUUUUUCCCCUUUUAGAAAAUGAGGGUGGUGAAUUGUAUGACUUAAUUUACUUUAAAAUAUAGAUACGGCUACAGUUCCGCGUCUGUUUAUUCAGUGUUUUUUGAGUGGUGGUGCUACUGUAAUCUGUGAGUUCGCAUGUUUCCUCCAUCUGCAGUUUUGCCUCAUUGACUUGGGUCAGAUUACCAUACACACCAGGUUUCUAGAAUCGAACAUGGUGUUUUUAUUUUUUUAUUUUUUUGGUCUCCUUCUCUAAAACAUGGUUAAUCCUGAAAUCCUUAGCUUUAAUUAGCCAUUUGUACCCUGCUUGUGAUUUAUUUUUUCCCAAAUUUUUACUAAAGGUAUUACAACAUUUUGUCAAAUACAUCUCUUCUGGAAGGAUAAUCUGCUGCAAAGCAAUCUGAAGUUAUUCUAGCAUUUAACAGGUAUAGCUUUAAAGCAUUGCAUUUAGAUAUUAAGAUGUUUUUAGUCUGGGAUAAAGAUCUGUGUAACAACGAAGAUCAUGUCAUGAUUCAAUCAGAUCUGACUUUUCUAAUAGCUUAUGUUUUUUGCUUUUUUGUCUUUCCCCUGUAUUUCUGGAGGUUUAAUUUUGUGUUAUUCAUCUACAAUGAUGUGUUUUGUAUUAAAUGCCAAAUUGGCAUUUUGCAAUUUUGACAGUCUAAUUAGACAAAAUUAUUGCAAACCUUGAUGUGAGGACAUAAUUACCUCCUUGCAAACUUCAUUCAUCAGUGUCCAUCAGCUCGGAUUAUCUGCUGAAAUUUUAUAAUUUUAGAAUAUCCCUGGGACACUUCACAACUCCUGGUUGCUUUGGUAAAUCGCCUGUAAUUUUAUAGAGAAGUGGCUAAGGCAGGUUUGUUUUAAGCAUAAUAAAAUUCUUUAUCAAAAUCUGGCUUAUUUUUAUAGAAAAUUGUCAUUUUAAGUUUAUGUAGUAGACAUUAUUUUAUAUUUUUAUAGGUCUGUCUUAAAAUGCCACUUAAGUCACCCAGACCACUUUAUCUCAAUGGGUGAGGAGCACAGCGUUAGAACACGCAUGCAUGAAGUGAGUAUUUUUUUUUAAUGUACUUUUUUGUUUUUGUUUCUUCCAGUAUAGGUGCAUGGACAGUGGUCUCAAUAAUAGAAGGUAACCUAUAGUCUCAAUAACAAUUUUUAAAAAUUUUUUUUUCUGUACUAUAGGUUUCUCUUAAGAAAUUGGAACUUAUUAACAUCUCGACUUAACCUUCUGAAAAAGAUCCAUAUAGCCAGUGUCCUCUACCUCUGCAAUGGCUAGAAAAGGACAUUUAAAAAAACAAACUACUCUGAUUUUGAUAAAGAAUUUUUAUAAUUAAAACAUUACAGUGCUAAUAUAAACAGCAUACUACAUAACUAGAUUUUGACAAUCACAUUAGUUACUCUAAAUAGUUCACCUAUCCCAAUUAUUGCCACUGAUGUUUUAGUCAACAUUUCUUCUACAGUACUCUUAACCAGUAUCUCUGGAGUGGUGUCUUGCAGGGACUAAUGGCAAGUGGUAGUGUAGAAAUUGUGUUACUCUGACGGACACCUUCAGUACCAAUAUGUAUUUUUAUUCACUAUAUACAGCUGGGUGACCAUUUGAUAGGGAUUUGGUACCUAAUGUUAAUUAGACUUGUUUACUGUAGCUGCAUUAACCUCUCCUGCAAAGAGUCUUGAAGGUGAUUUUUAUUUUUGUAGGUAUACAAUAUACAAAUAGGAAACAUUUUAUAAGUUAAACUUCAAGUUCAUUAGAGACAAGUCAUAUGCAUGUAAAGAGCAUUUACAAUAAAAUGCUAAUUAACAGUAUAUGGAAAACUCAAUUAUGAGAAAUAAGGUAAAGAAAGUAGCAUUUACUAUUAGGAGAUACACUGUGACUUCUUGUGUGAGUCCUUGCAUUUUGCUUUGCCCAUAUUUUUACCAUGUUAUUUUGUUAGCAUAAAUUGCUGCAUUUUGUACUUCUUGUGUAGCUAUUCUUGUCUAAAUAACUUUUCCUAUUGGUGGCUGCAUAUGAUGCACUGUCUUUUUAUCCAAGCAUAAUUAUGACUCAUUGGAAUAAUUUAAACGAGAAAUAUGCUCUUUCAACUUUUUUUAUUUAUGAACAUUAGUUUUUACGACAGGUUUUUUUUUUUUUUUUUGUUACUGCAACGGUAAAUUUGAUUCUGCUUUGCCUUGUGGGUCUUCUAUUUUAGUCUGGGUCAAAAUUAUUAACUUCUAGUGAUUUGAGCACUUUCUCGUGUGUUUUAAACAACGAAUUAUAGUACCUUGUGAACCACACUGCAAAAUUAGGCCACAAUUACAGCUUUGGACAGUCUCCAACAUUUUUACAGUUGUGGCUUUCAGCUUACUGUAAUUCAGUUUUAAUUUUUCUAGGGGAUAGGCAGCCUUCUGAUUACAUAUCAUUUGAAACUUAAAACACUAUCAGACUUUUAUGUGUGUAUGCUAAAAACCAAACUUGACAGAUCUGCUUACAAUGUACACUUAAUGCACCAUAACCACAGCAGCUCAUUGUAGUAGUUAUGCUGUCAGUAGUGCCCAGGUACCCUCCCAUAGUAAAUCGCUAAAACAGUUUUUCAGAAUGGUUUGGUAACUUAGCUGGCUCUGCUGGACACUUGUUGCUGCUUCCACUGAUCUAAGUUGUGCAGAGCUGAUAUUGUCAGUGGAGUACUCCCUGGCAGAGCUUCCAGCUGCAAAGGCGGCAACCUCACCCCCUGGUGGGACCCAGCUAAAUUGUUGAAAAGUUAUUAAAUGUUUGAACUAUUUACUGUAGGAGGGCACACUGGCACUAUAACCACUACAGUAAAUGUUAGUUAUUUUUGAAUGUGGAGUGUUGCUAGCAACUGUUAACAGUUCUUUAAAGUAGGUAUUGGAUUUAAGUGCAUUAUAUCAUUACCAUCCCUGUUUGUGCUAGCUGGACCUGCUGCUACUUAUUCCUUGACAGUGAAAUAGCCAUCUGUGAAAUGUGGCAUGCACCAUGUAAGCUUCACUUGCAAAGAGCACAACAAGAGACCAGUGAUUCCCUGCUUUAUAUAUUGCAGUAACACUCACAACAGUUUGUUUAACGGAGCUCUGCUAUUCCUUGAUGACUAUGGAUGAGGACUUACAGAUGGAGGUUAUUCCUUUUUAAUAAAGACAUUUUACUUCCUCCAGGGUUUUACUCCUUGUAUGAACUUAAAAAAAAUCUAUAUUAGUAGCACCUUAGUCAUACUACACAAUUAAUAUACAACACAAAAGAGUGGGGCUGCACCAAAACCAGGGCCGUCUUUAAUAUUGAUUGGGCCCUGGGCAAGCAUUUGCUUGGGCCCCCUGGAUCCACUCCCUAGCAUGCAAUCACGCCUCCACCCCAACGCAGUGGGCGAACUAAAGUAGAAAGAGCCCUGGUGCAAGAAUUUCAUUUGGACCCCCAAUUGCAAGGUUGGAAAGAAGGUAGAACCCUAUCUGUCGUGCAACUCCAACAAUGCAUUGACAGCCGUGGCUCUACCAAUUUCCCAUGCUUGCAGGGUUGUAUUUAGCACUGUGUUUGUGUGUUUGAAUGUAAGCAUGUUUUUGUAUGGAGUAUGUUUGUGUGAAUGUGUUUGUAUGUGGUGUUAGAGUUUGAAUGCAAGUGUACAUUUAAGUGUAGUGCUGGUUUUUGAAUGUAGGGGUUUGUUUAUAUAUAAUUCUGUUGUUUAACACAGAGGUGUGUUUGUAUGAAGUGUUGACUUUCAAUGCAGGAGUGUGUUUG